AUGGAGCCAGUGUACAGAACCUACUCCAAUGACAGUGUGGGAAGUGACUUCACUGAGGGAUACUACUACCAGGGGAUGCUCAAGGCCACCGAUGGAAGGAAAGGUAGAGUUAUUAUGGUGUCCUAUGGUUUUCACUAGUCUAGUUGGAAUUUUCAAUGUUCUCAAAAAUAGUCUGAUAGAAAGACCUUUGCUUGGUUUCAUCUGUCUAACUUUUAUUUAGCUUUUAUUUGAUUGAGUAACUGAUGUAUUUUCCAUAGUUAUGAUUUCCUCUAUAAAGUAUGACUCAAUAUUUAGCUUCCUCUUGUUAGUUUGAAUUUGCAAGCGAUUACCUACAUUUACAUUUACAUUUACGUCAUUUAGCAGACGCUCUUAUCCAGAGCAACUUACAAAUUGGUGCAUUCACCUUAUAGCCAGUGGGAUAACCACUUUACAAUAUGUUUUUUUUUUUUUUUUUUUUUGGGGGGGGGGUAGAAGGAUUACUUUAUCCUAUCCCAGGUAUUCCUUAAAGAGGUGGUGUUUAAAAUGUCUCCGGAAGGUGGUGAGUGACUCCGCUGUCCUGGCGUCGUGAGGGAGCUUGUUCCACCAUUGGGGUGCCAGAGCAGCGAACAGUUUUGACUGGGCUGAGCGGGAACUAUGCUUCCGCAGAGGAAGGGGAGCCAGCAGGCCAGAGGUGGAUGAACGCAAUGCCCUCGUUUGGGUGUAGGGACUGAUCAGAGCCUGAAGGUACAGAGGUGCCGAUCCCCUCACAGCUCCAUAGGCAAGCACCAUGGUCUUGUAACAGAUGCGAGCUUCAACUGGAAGCCAGUGGAGUUUGCGGAGGAGCGGGGUGACGUGAGAGAACUUGGGAAGGUUGAACACCAGACGGGCUGCGGCAUUCUGGAUGAGUUGUAGGGGUUUAAUGGCACAGGCAGGGAGCCCAGCCAACAGCGAGUUGCAGUAAUCCAGACGGGAGAUGACAAGUGCCUGGAUUAGGACCUGUGCCGCUUCCUGUGUAAGGCAGGGUCGUACUCUCCGAAUGUUGUAGAGCAUGAACCUGCAGGAUCGGGUCACCGCCUUGAUGUUAGCGGAGAACGACAGAGUGUUGUCCAGGGUCACGCCAAGGCUCUUCGCACUCUGGGAGGAGGACACAACGGAGUUGUCAACCGUGAUGGCGAGAUCAUGGAACGGGCAGUCCUUCCCCGGGAGGAAGAGCAGCUCCGUCUUGCCAGGGUUCAGCUUGAGGUGGUGAUCCGUCAUCCAUACUGAUAUGUCUGCCAGACAUGCAGAGAUGCGAUUCGCCACCUGGUUAUCAGAAGGGGGAAAGGAGAAGAUUAGUUGUGUAUCGUCAGCGUAGCAAUGUUAGGAGAGGCCAUGUGAGGAUAUGACAGAGCCAAGUGACUUGGUGUAUAGGGAGAAUAGGAGAGGGCCUAGAACUGAGCCCUGGGGGACACCAGUGGUGAGAGCACGUGGUGCGGAGACAGCUUCUCGCCACGCCACUUGGUAGGAGCGACCGGUCAGGUAGGACGCAAUCCAGGAGUGAGCCGCGCCGGAGAUGCCCAGCUCGGAGAGAGGGUGGAGAGGAGGAUCUGAUGGUUCACAGUAUCAAAGGCAGCAGACAGGUCUAGAAGGACAAGAGCAGAGGAGAGAGAGUUAGCUUUAGCAGUGCGGAGAGCCUCCGUGACACAGAGAAGAGCAGUCUCAGUUGAAUGACCAGUCCUGAAACCUGACUGGUUUGGAUCAAGAAGGUCAUUCUGAGAGAGAUAGCAAGAGAGUUGGCUAAAGACGGCACGCUCAAUAGUUUUGGAAAGAAAAGAAAGAAGGGAUACUGGUCUGUAGUUGUUGACAUCAGUGGGAUCGAGUGUUGGUUUUUUGAGAAGGGGUGCAACUCUCGCUCUCUUGAAGACGGAAGGGACAUAGCCAGCGGUCAAGGAUGAGUUUAUCAGCGAGGUGAGGUAGGGGAGAAGGUCACCGGAGAUGGUCUGGAGAAGAGAGGAGGGGAUGGGGUCAAGCGGGCAGGUUGUUGGGCGGCCUGCAGUCACAAGUCGCAGGAUUUUAUCUGGAGAGAGAGGGGAGAAAGAAGUCAAAGCAUAGGGUAGGGCAGUGUGAGCAGGACCAGCAGUGUCAUUAGACUUAACAAACGAGGAUCGGAUGUCGUCAACCUUCUUUUCAAAGUGGUUGACGAAGUCAUCCACAGAGAGAGAGAGGGGGGGGGGGGGGGGGGGGGGGGGGGGGGAUUCAGCAGGGAGGAGAAUGUGGCAAAGAGCUUCCUAGGGUUAGAGGCAGAUGCUUGGAAUUUAGAGUGGUAGAAAGUGGCCUUAGCAGCAGAAACAGAUGAAGAAAAUGUAGAGAGGAGGGAGUGAAAAGAUGCCAGGUCGGCAGGGAGUUUAGUUUUCUUCCAUUUCCGCUCCGCUGCCCGGAGCUCUGUUCUGUGAGCUCGCAAUGAGUCAUCAAGCCACGGAGCUGGAGGGGAGGACCGAGCCGGCCGGGAGGAUAGGGGACACAGAGAGUCAAAGGAUGCAGAAAGGGAGGAGAGGAGGGUUGAGGAGGCAGAAUCAGGAGAUUGGAGGGAGAAGGAUUGAGCAGAGGGAAGAGAUGAUAGGAUGGAAGAGGAGAGAGUAGUGGGAGAGAGAGAGCGAAGGUUGCGGCGGCGCAUUACCAUCUGUGUAGGGGCAGAGUGAGUAGUGUUGGAGGAGAGCGAGAGAGAAAAGGAUACAAAGUAGUGGUCGGAGACAUGGAGGGGAGUUGCAGUGAGAUUAGUAGAAGAGCAGCAUCUAGUAAAGAUGAGGUCAAGCGUAUUGCCUGCCUUGUGAGUAGGGGGGGAUGGUGAGAGGGUGAGGUCAAAAGAGGAGAGGAGUGGAAAGAAGGAGGCAGAGAGAAAUGAGUCAAAUGUAGACGUAGGGAGGUUGAAAUCCCCCAAAACUGUGAGGGGUGAGCCAUCCUCAGGAAAGGAACUUAUCAAGGCGUCAAGCUCAUUGAUGAACUCUCCAAGGGAACAUGGAGGGCGAUAGAUGACAAGGAUAUUAAGCUUAAAUGGGCUAGUGACUGUGACAGCAUGGAAUUCAAAUGAGGAGAUAGACAGAUGGGUUAGGGGAAAAAUUGAGAAUGUCCACUUGGGAGAGAUGAGGAUUCCUGUGCCACCACCCCUCUGACCAGAUGCUCUCGGGGUAUGCGAGAACACAUGGUCAGACGAGGAGAGAGCAGUAGGAGUAGCAGUGUUUUCAGUGGUAAUCCAUGUUUCCGUCAGCGCCAGGAAGUCGAGGGACUGGAGGUUAGCAUAGGCUGGGAUGAAGUCAGCCUUGUUGGCAGCAGAACGGCAGUUCCAGAGGCUGCCUGAGACCUGGAACUCCAGGUGUGGGGUGCGUGCAGGGACCACCAGGUUAGUGAGGCAGCAGCCACGCGGUGUGAGGCGUUUGUGUAGCCUGUGCGGAGAAGAGAGAACAGGGAUAGGCAGAGGCAUAGUUGACAGGCUGUAGCAAAUGGCUACAAUAAUGCAGAGGAGAUCGGAAUGAAAUGAACUAAACAUCUGGGAAAGGAGAGAGUAGGGCCUCCCUCACCAAAACUUCCACCUCAGAAACUAUAAUUGUUUCACUGAACCACCCGAAUAAAAACUCUCCCAACUUCCACUUUAGAAAUUAGAAUUGUUGUGAACUACAGCGGUUCAAUGUUUCAAGGAAUAGACUCAACUUACUUUAUUCAGCUAGCUAACUAUGACGCCAUAGCUAACUAGCAUGCUAGCAUCCAAUAACACACAGUUUAGCACCAAUACUUGGUUACAACAAACUACCAAUAGUGUGUUAACACACUAAACAGAUAAUUCGUGUCCGUGUCUAGUUCCUUUCAUAACGCAGCAAUAAUUAAACGUUGGCUAGCUAGCACAAAUAUAUUGUAUUUAGCUGCUACAGUACAGUUAGCUGGUCGUGUUGGCUAGCUAGCAAUGGCUACUGUGUUGACUUUGUUUGAAAAACGUCUAGCUAGCUAGCUUCGUGCUACACCCGGCACCGCCGAAUAAAAUGCUAACCUACAAUAACUACCCACAACAGCCCACGAUGCCUAACUAUGACGCCAUAGCUAACUAGCAUGCUAGCAUCCAAUAACACACAGUUUAGCACCAAUACUUGGUUACAACAAACUACCAAUAGUGUGUUAACACACUAAACAGAUAAUUCAUGUCCGUGUCUAGUUCCUUUCAUAACGCAGCAAUAAUUAAACGUUGGCUAGCUAGCACAAAUAUUUUGUAUUUAGCUGCUACAGUACAGUUAGCUGGUCGUGUUGGCUAGCUAGCAAUGGCUACUGUGUUGACUUUGUUUGAAAAACGGCUAGCUAGCUAGCUUCGUGCUACACCCGGCACCGCCGAAUACAAUGCUAACCUACAAUAACUACCCACAACAGCCCACGAUGCCUACCUACAAUACCUAACUACAAUCUAAAUACAUAAUUAAGCCUUACUCGACAAAGCCCAAGCUAUGUAUAAAGCCAAACUUACCCGACGCCAGCUGACUGGGUGGCAGACAAGAAGACAUUUGUCUUCUGCAAUCAGUAGGUGUAAUUAAGUACAGUAGCUACUAACUACCUAACGUUGAUGCCUCAGAUAAUGAGGUUAGAAAAACAGCUGAAUGGUAGGUAGCUAGCUGGCUUAAUUACAGGUACUCUUAAGCGUGAAAUAACAUUGGAAACAACUAUCCACCUUUGCUAAACGUUACCAGUAGCUACCCGCUAGCUAGCUAGCCUCGUGCUUCGCCGGGCUCCGCCGUAUACAAUACUUACCUACAAUAAUUACCUACAAAAACCUACAAUAACUACCUAAAUAAACUACCUACAAUACCUAACUACAACUACCUACCUACAAUCUAAAUACAUGGUUUAAGCUUUACUCAACACCAUAUAAGAAGCCAAGCUUACCUCCUGCUAGAGAAAACACAACCUCUCCCGACCACUCCAAAUGAUCCAAACGUAGCUAGUGACACAGCAAAGGGUCACACCUACGAUAACUGUCGGUGGAUAUGACCGUUUAUGUCUAUGUAAUUAUGAACAACUUGGCCAAGUUAGUUUGUUUCAUGUAAUUCAAAUAUACAAACCAGACAUGGUCCAUUACUGUCACAGCACUGCCAUGCUAUGGCUAGCAAAGGGCCACACCCCUUCAUGCUUCACUGGUUUUGUCCAGCCUUAUUGGCUCAAGUUUACUUUAGCUCAGGGAUGGGCAACUGAAGGCCCUCGGAUAAAAAAAAAUUGGAGGGGGGAUGGGACUCAGUCGGGGUCUCAACUUACUGUUGAGAGUUAGAAUAGUAGACUACACAAGGUGCAACCAGCCGGCGGCCCCCAUUAAUUCUGUUAGUCAGUCUCCCUAAGAUAUCAUAUUAAAAAUUGCAAACAUUUCUCUCGACCCCAUUGCAAAAUGAGUAGAAUUGCAUGAAAUUAGUUAUAAAAUGGCAAAAUCCUCUCUAAGCCCCAUGUCAAAAUGUGUAGAAUUGCAGCAAACUUUCUUUAAAACUGCAACAUUUGCACUACACCCCAUGGCAAAAUGUGUAUAACUUCAUGAAAUUAACUUUGAAACGUUAAAUGUUUUUAUCUCCGCUGUCAAGAGGGGGGCCACUAAGAUGUUUUGCUCGCAAUGUGGGGUAUGGAUGUGGGUAUGCUGACCCGCGUGCAACUGCGUCCCCUCAUGAUGAGUUCAGAUUUUUUGUGGCCCCCACCCCAUCAAAGUUGCCCAUCCCUGCUUUUGCAGAUUACUUUAGGACAGCCAAUUAAAACAUAAGGUUGUGGACCAUAACUAAAUACAUGUUUGCUGAGAGAAUAGACCAGUAAAAAACAGUCUUUCUGUCUUUGAGAGCCCUAUAUAUAUAUAUUACUGUGGGAGUAGACUAUGAAGGUUUUUGUAGGAGACCGGAUACCUUGAGAGAAGCUGCUUUUAGUUUUUUUGCGCCCUUUAUGUGGAACAAUUUACAGAGCUCUCUGAAAUUAGAUGUUCUGGUCCCCUUAGGUCAGUUCAGAGUAAUGAUCGGAGACCUCUAUGUUGAUAAAUAUGUCUGUUUUUCUUAAUAUGUUUUGUCAUUUUGUAUAUUGUAUGUGUUUGAUGUAUUUAUGCAGGGCUCAUCAGUAAAAGACACCCUAGUCUCAGUAUGACUUCCAUGUCAAAAUAAAGAAAAACAUUCCAAUUCACCUCAACCUCUGUCUCAGUAUCUCAGACUAUGAAAGGCUAACCCUUAAUUCUAACCCUUAUCUCAGUAUCUCAGACUAUGAAAGGCUAACCCUUAACUCUAGCCCUUGUCUCAGUAUCUCAGACUAUGAAAGGCUAACCCUUAACUCUAAUCCUUGUCUCAGUAUCACAGCCGAUGAAAGGCUAACCCUUAACUCUAAUCCUUGUCUCAGUAUCUCAGCCUAUGAAAGGCUAACCCUUAACUCUAAUCAUUGUCUCAGUAUCUCAGACUAUGAAAGGCUAACCCUUAACUCUAACCCUUGUCUCAGUAUCUCAGACUAUGAAAGGCUAACCCUUAACUCUAAUCCUUGUCUCAGUAUCUCAGACUAUGAAAGGCUAACCCUUAACUCUAAUCCUUGUCUCAGUAUCUCAGCCGAUGAAAGGCUAACCCUUAACUCUAACCCUUGUCUCAGUAUCUCAGACUAUGAAAGGCUAUAGCCAUGGCUUGGAGUAAAGUGUUCCAGACUGUAUAGCUUAACAACCAAAAAAAACACAAUCAGGAUAAAUGGAUUUAAGUUCCCAUUAUGAUGUUUUGAACUGGAAGUAUUUGGGGUUUGAAUGUUAAGUGUUUGUCUCAGGUACCCCUUGACUUUUGCUUCUGUAGAUCAUAGUCAGUGACACAGCAGGGGGACUGUUAGGCUCUGUCGCAAAUGGCACCCUAUUCCCUAUAUAGUGCACUAUACAGUCCUAUGGGGUCCUGGUCAAAAGUAGUGCACUAUAGGGAAUAGAGUGCCAUUUGGGAUGCUUCCUUACUGUUGAAAACAUAUCUGAGGGGGAUUUGACUCAGCUGCCUACCAUGAGGUUGCUGCAUUGGCACGACAGGAAAGGUUGUGUGUGGCACCACACAUUGCCACUUCUGCGUUGGUACAGUUUUUCAGACACCAUGCGUGUGUGAGUCACAGGCAGUACCAGUAAAGGGAUUUGGCACAUCCUCUCCUCUGUUGCCCUGCCCCAUUACUCCCCUGACAUUGUUCUGUUCUUUCUCAUUGUCGCACGAGAUCUGCUUUGAUCUAAGAGCUUCUCCUGAGGAUGAAAUCAAACUGUAUUUCUCAAGUCACAGACGGCUUAUUAAUUAAUCACAGCUUCAACUCCCAUGCUAGGCUUUGCUUUGAUACAGAUUAACUGUACUCAAUUCUCACUCUCUUAAACCGUCUCUAUAUUUCAAGCUUUGAUAAUACAGUAGCCGGCUAUAUGUUGUUAUCUUAAUGCUUCGUUAAACUACUGUACAGAAUGAGACUGAAUAGGGAAGUGAGAAUUGGGUUGCCUUGGUGUUGGUCUUGCCAGGCUUGGAUCAGGUUCCUGGUUGUUAGACUGUGUGGAAAACAUUGCACAACUCACACCUGCUGCUGGUAGAUGUGGAGUGUGAUAGCAGGACAGUUUUCACUGUUCCCCAUAAUCAGACAUGCGUUGACAGACCUCUAGACUUAGUAGUCACACGGUGGAAUCAAAAACAGACCUGAGAACAGUAUUACAAGGUGGAACAUGUUCAUUUAUGCUGAUUGCUCUUCCCCAGUUGAGCAACAAAUGGUAACACUGUAAGGUACUCCCCCUCACUCCUCAUACAUUACAUGACCAAAAGUAUGUGGAAACCUGCUCGUCAAACAUAUAAUUUCAGAAUUAUAGGCAUUAAAAUGGAGUUGGUCCCCCCUUUGCUGCUAUAACUGUAGCUCAGUUGGCCUCCUGUAGCUCAGUUGGUAGAGCAUGGUGCUUGCAACGCCAGGGUUUUGGGUUCGAUUCCCACGGGGGGCCAGUAUGAAAAAUGUAUGCACUCACUAAAACUGUAAGUCGCUCUGGAUAAGAGCGUCUGCUAAAUGACUAAAAUGUAAAUGUAAAUAACAUCCUCCACUCUUCUGGGAAGGCUUUCCACUAGAUGUUGGAACGUUGCUAUGGGGACUUGCUUCCAUUCAGCCACAAGCGCAUUAGUGAGAUCGGGCAGUGAUGUUGGGCGAUUAGGCCUGGCUCGCAAUCGGUGUUCCAAUUAAUCCCAAUGGUGUCGAAGGGGUUGAGGUCAGGGCUCUGUGCAUGCCAGUCAAUUUCUUCUACACCGAUCUCGACAAACCAUUUCUGUAUGGACCUCGCUUUGUGCACGGGGGCAUUGUCAUGCUGAAACAGAAAAGGGCCUUCCCCAAACUGUUGCCACAAAGUUGGAAGCACAGAAUCGUCUAGAAUGUCAUUGUAUGCUGUAGAGUUAAGAUUUCCCUUCACUGAAAGGGGCCUAGCCCGAACCAUGAAAAACAGCCCCAGACCAUUAUUCCUCCUCCACCAAACUUUACAGUUGGCACUAUGCAUUGGGGUAGGUAGCGUUCUCCUGGCAUCCGCCAAACCCAGAUUCGUCCAUCUGACUGCCAAAUGAUGAAGCGUGAUUCAUCACUCCAGAUAACACGUUUCCAUUGCUCCAGAGUCCAAUGGCGGCAAGCUUUACACUACUCCAGCCGACGCUUAGCAUUGCGCAUGGUGAUCUUAGGCUUGCGCUUCAGCACUCGGCGGCCCGUUCUGUGAGCUUGUGUGGCCUACCACUUCGCGGCUGAGCCGUUGUUGCUCCUAAACGUUUCCACUUUACAAUAACAGCACUUACAGUUGGACAGAAAUUUGAUGAACUGACUUGUUGGAAUGGUGGCGUCCUAUGACGGUGCCACGUUGAAAGUCACUGAGCUCUUCAGUAAGGCCAUUCUACUGCCAAUGUUUGUCUAAGGAGAUUGCAUGGCCGUGUGCUAAAUAUUAUACACCUGUCAGCAACAGGUGUGGCUGAAAUAGCCAAAUCCACUAAUUUGAAGGGGUAUCCACAAACUUUUGUAUAUACAGUGUGUGUGUUGCCAAGGCACUGUCAGAUUAAAAAAAUAAAAAAAUAACAUAUUACCCUCUCUGAUCCAGCACUUGGGACAAAUGUUUUAUGGACUGUAUGAACUAUUCACACGUUUGUGAUCCCCAUAGACAUUACCUCAAACACCCCAGAAUUCUAUAUCUAUAUAACUCUUGGUCUCUUAGUUGAAGUUGAGUGUCUGCAUGCUGUUGAUAUUGACCAUCACUUUCUCUCUAUCCCAUAGAUGAACGGGACCGGGUACAGAAAAAGACCUUCACAAAAUGGGUCAACAAACACUUGAUGAAGGUAAGAUGAGGGCAUAUACCUUGAGCUCAUCCCUCAGCUCCUCUGAACCACUCAAUGUGAUCAUCUCAUCCGUGUAUUUUAUAGGGGUCCACAAUUCACCUAGUUUUACAGAAAAGCAGCUGCAAGGAAGUUAUAACAUUGCAGUACACAUACUGUACAUAUCUAUGUGAUUCACAGGACAAUGUACCAGUUUAGAGUCUCAUUGAGGAAACAACUCAGAAUUAAGCCAUUAUCUGUGCUCUAUGGAUCUGAUCUGGAUAGAUACAUUAGAUGGUCAACUGGAAUUGGUUAUACUGAUAAAACGUUAGAGAAGGUUUAUUCAUUACAUGGUAAAGAUAGUGGGUGCAUCCCAAACAGCACCCUAUUCCCUAUAUAGUGGAAUAGGGCCCUGGUCAAAAGUAGUGCACUAUGUAGGAAAUAGGGUGCCACUUGAGGGCACGUGGUGCAAAUAUUCUUGAUGAUGCAUGCUCUCUGCCUCUUGGCAAACUGUUGACCAAAAGCUUUUAAAAAGGCUUCAAUUGAUCAUGUGAGCAGUAAAUAGGUUUUUUAUUUCAUUACUGCAAUUACAGCAUGUUUCUUGGGUCAUCUUGGUUCACUCAACCCAGAACAGACAGUACCAUAAUGAUAUAACGAUGCCAAUGGCCUAAUUGCUGCAGCCAUUUCUCUGUGGUACUGCCUGUUGUUGAAGUUCAAGUGUCAAUGGUAAGAAAAGGAAAACACAGGCCUGUGGUGUUGCCUUAGUAGUAUGAAUCAUCUGAUAUUACUCAACGGAAGCUUGGUUUGCAUAAAAAGGACUUGGAAAACCACUGUACUUUUACUGGCAAAUAUGGAUUUGCACCGUAUAGUUCCAUUGUGACUCACAUAGUCUCCCAAAUAUGAUUAGGACUACUUGUGCUGAAAACAUAUAUUUUUAUACCAGUUUUGAUUUCAUUCUCAGCACAAUGGCAGUACACACAUGCUAUUUCUGUGCUUUGUGUGAGAGUAAGUCACAAGCAUCUGGUCUCGCUUUAGUUUUAUAAAGGAGAGCGAGGAGGGCUGGAGUUUUGGGCAAUGGUCAUGUUCCACAGACACCUGGCCCACAGACAGUCUGGCUUUCUGGGGCUCUAAUGUAAGAUUUGCAGUGUUGGGUAGUAAUUUAACUACAUUUGGCAGUAGCUUGGUGGUAGUUGAACUAAAUUCAAAUCAAGGUAGUGUUUUCAGUAGCUGAUUACUUUUUUUUCCCCAUGUAGCGGGGUAGCCUAUGGAGCGAUUUCAGUGCCAACAGAAAUUGUAUUUGAAUUCCAUAAUUAUACAUUUUGUAUUAGGAUAUUGAAAUGAAAUUGAAUCUUUUUGAAUUUGUAAUGCACAAAUUGAAUAAUUUAAUUCAUAAAUUGAACUUGUAUUUCAUGAUUUGAAACUGAAUUGAGUGAAUAUUGCAUUACGUUUUAAUAUUCAAUUUCAAAUUAUUUGAAUAUUAAAAUGCAAUAUUUAUACAGUAUAUUCAAUUUCAAUAUGGUAGAUCACAAUUGAUCACAAUUGCCACAGUAAAGGGAAACGUUGAUAGUGUUAACUAACAGGAAAAACUCUAGAAGUUGAGUGAAGUUCAAUCUCAUGUUUUUCUCUGUGGGCUGAUAUUUAUUCUGCGCUCGAUGCAGUAGUCCCGGGGAGCUGCUUGGCAGUCUUGGGCUAAUGCGCUUGCAGUUUAGAGGGAACAUUGGUUCUAACCCAGGUGUCCUGUAUACCGGUCUGCCAGACAAUGCAACUUUUCAGGUCUCAGACAAGUUUCUCAUCACACGAGCAUGGUUACCGAACCACCUGUGUUACACUUCACCCCCCUUUGACCUCCUCCUUGAAGAGACCCAUCCAAGUCACAGGACCAAUGCCUAGGCUUUAGCUCAACAGGCUAACACAGUCUUAAACCUGUCAGACACAUGUUAACCUUAUAAUGACUACCCUUCCCAGAGACUAAUACGUCUAACACACGUGUGUUUUCGAGGCAGAAGUCCUGAGUUUGAGUCUCAAUAUGAGCUGAAUCAGGGUGAAGCAGUACUUGCUAAGCAGGCAGCGUGACAUCCUUUACAAUGGUGCCACUGGACUCCGAUCUACAGUUGCGCUGGUUCAACAAUUGCCUGAAUUGAUGCGAUAACAAUAAAUAUGACGAUAAGUUAAUAACAUUCAUGUGCACCACUGUUUUAUUUAUUAUCCUUUAAACUACUACUACUAGUUUGAUGGCUGUAGCCAUCAAUUGUCCCAUUAACAAUCAGCCAUAUUAGAAAACUGAUUUCAUUUCAAACUAAACAUUUCUCUAGUAUAGGCUACUUAUCGUAAUGAAGAUAUCAGCAAAAUGCCUGCGAUAAGUGAACAAUAUGGUCUGUGUCAAUAAUCUUCCCAGCUCUACUAACACAUUCUUGUGACAGGAAUCAGAUAUCUACUUCGAACCCAGUCAGUCACAAGAGCAAUAUUAAAUAGAGAGUGGAAUGGCUAACCUUAGAAGGGCUAUGACAAGGCUAUUUGUGACACUCCAUUCUAACGUGGCCUGUGAUCAUCGUAGUGGGGAACAGAAUGCACAACCAUAUUCCAGAGCGUCUUAGCUUUCAGGAAUGGGGUCAUAAUAGCUUAUAGCCAAAACGGUUCAAAUGCUAAAGCCAAAUUCAUAAGAAGAAAAUAAAUUAAACAUGCCACAUUGGCUUCAGAAACCGCCAUAAGCUUCUCUUGACAAAAGUGAUUCUAUCUGUUCUCAUCUACCGUUUUGUCUGGCUGGCAAAGUAUCAUGAUGUUGUCUCUGGUUUUGAAUCUGAAUUUAGAGAACUGAAUUUGAAAACUGAUUCUGGAUGCAUCUGAGAAGUUGAAUAUAUGAAACUUUGAUAAACUUGAAAUUGUAGUUUGUAAACUUGAUACACAGACAAUGUAUGCAAUAUCUACCAUAUUGAAACUGAAUAUAUAAAUAUUGAACUUGAAUAUUCAAUUCAAUUCAAUUAGAAAAUUGAAUGCAAAAUUCACUCAAUUCAGUUUCAAAUCAUGAAAUACAAGUUAAAUUUAUGAAUUCAAUGAUUAAAUGUGUGCAUUACAAAUUCAAAAAUAUUAUAUUCAAAUUCAAUAUCCUAAUAGAAAUUUAAAAUUGUGGAAUUCAAAUACAAUUUCUGUUGGCACUGAAAUCGCUCCAUUCCUAGCUAACUACUGGAACUACACACAACUUUUUUAGCAAAAAGAAGAAAAAGCUGACAUAUGGAAUUGUUUAAAGAUGGUCAUACUAUGGAUCAUUUAUCUAUUUGAUUUAGAAUUAUAGGAAGAAAAAAAAAGAAUAUAUAUUUGAUAAAAUAUUGAAUUUGACAUUUACUACUGAAGCCCAGAGAAACACACUAAAUAACACAUUCAUAAAUGGCAAAAAAAAAGACAGUCAAAAAAUAAAUCAUAAGAAACAAGGUUUUUAAGUGUUUGUCCUACAUUUAUGAGAUAUAAGAAAGCUCAGGAAAUAUAUAGUAUUUUUUGUACACAUAUUUAACCCCUUUUUUGGGUAGGCACAAAUCUACCUUCAUACUUCCAUUCAUUUUUUAAAACCGGUACCGGUUACCUUCAGACAAGUCACGUGACACUUGUGGGGGUCGUAGAGCAAAGCGGAGAACACCAUCGUGUUCCAUCUCCUCUUUCCACAUUGGGGUCAUAUUAGUUUGUAGGUCAAACAUUCGGACGCUACAGACGUUUUCAUGAGAAGACCGAUUUUCAUGAUAUCUCAUGGUCUGACAAACACCGCUCUAGCUCUGCCACUUUUCACCGCAGAUGUUGAAGUGCGACAUCGGCGGAUGCGGUGGAUUAAGAUGGAUCCAAUGCAAAAAGAUAUCUCUAGCUUAAACUGAUGGAUUUUGUUUGGGCUUUUUUUAUUAUGUUACUUAGAUUGAGGCACCGGUGCGUCAAUAAACUCUAUGGGGUUAAGUAAACUAUAUUUUUCAUAGAGGUAGCUUUAGUGUAGCUUAACUUCUUCCAGUGUGAAGUAAUUGGUAUAUUUUCAGAGUAGCUUCCCUAACACUGGCCAUUUGGGACCUAGCCCUGGAGUGGCCAGACUGAGAGAGAGAGCACCAGGGUGGAGGUGAUGACCAAGAAAGUCGUGAAGAGGGCACGACAAUGCCUUUUCCCCCUCAGGAGACUGAAAAGAUUUGGCAUGAGUCCCCAGAUCCUCAAAAAGUUAUACAGCUGCACCAUCGAGGGCAUCCAGACUGGUUGUCACACCGCCUGGUAUGGUAACUGCUCGGCAUCCAACCGUAAGGCGCUACAGAGGGUAAUGCGUACAGCCCAGUACAUCACUGGGGCCAAACUUCCUGCCAUCCAGGACCUACAGUACCAGUCAAAAGUUUGGACACACCAACUCAUUCAAGGGUUUUUCUUUAUUUUUACUAUUUUCUGCAUUGUAGAAUGAUAGUGAAGACAUCAAAACUAUGAAAUAACACAUAUGGAAUCAUGUAGUAACCAAAAAAGUGUGUGACUCAGGUUUUGUCUUGAGUUGGUACUCCAUUGUAAAGGAAAUCCCUCACAUGUGGAUCUAGUGGGCAUGUGUGGGUCAGGGCUUUGUAUUUGUAUUUAUUAUGGAUCCCCAUUAGCUGCUGCCAAGGCAGCAGCUACUCUUCCUGGGGUCCAGCAAAAUCCAGUGGGACAUUUCACUGCUCCUAUGGUCUUUUUCACUAUGGAGAAGUAUAGAUGUACUGUUUGUUCAGUACAUUAAUUUAAAUCUGACAAAGCAUUCAGCAAUGCAAGACAGUGAUGUUUAUUUUACCCAAACAGUCUCACAGUCUUUUUUACAAACUGUCAGUCAAAUAAAUGUCCACCUUUUUGUUUUUCUGUCCUUUCUCUUGCUUCACCCCUCACAAAAAGGCAUAGGGGUGUAUGUACUUAUCAUGCUCGUUCUUCUUUCCUCUCUGCCAUUCCUCAUCCUGUCUUUCCAUCCUUCCAUCAGCAUUGGAGAGCAGAGGUAGGUGCAGACAGUCUGUGAGCAGGCCUGUGCAGAGUGCUGAGUGGACACGCAUUCAUUUCUGCAUGGGUUUCUUUUGCUGCUCCUCUCCUCAGGCGUUCUAGCCGGGCACCUACAUUUCUAACCUCUGUCCUGUCUGAGUCUCUUUGUCAUGCCCUGACUCUGGGGAAUCUUAUUUAUUGAGUCAGGGUGUGAUUUUCUAUGUUGUGAUUGUCCAUGUUGUAUAUUCUAGUUUGUCUAGAUCUAUGUUGGCCGGUGUGGUUCCCAAUCAGAGGCAGCUGUCGCUCGUUGUCUCUGAUUGGGGACCAUACUUAGGCAGCCUAUUGGCACUAGUGGGUUGUGGGAUCUUGUUCCGUGUUAGGUAUGUUGUUUGUGUACCUUGGACUUCACGUUUCGUUUCUUGUUUUGUUGUUGUGUUUAUAAGUCUAAUGAACAUGUAUGCAUAUCACGCUGCGCCUUGGUCUGACCCGUUCAUGAACGAACGUGACAGAAGAUCCCACCAAACAAGGACCAAGCAGCGUGCCCAGGAAGAGCGAAUUGCCAUGUCACAGAUGGGCAAAUUGUGGUCAUGGGAGGAGAUAUUCGCGGGGAAAGGGCCAUGGGCGAAGGUAGAUGCCCAGGCAGGAGAGGAGCAACGGCAACACAGAGGACGCCGGUCGAGGAGGAAGCCCGAGAGACAGCACCAAUCAUUAUUUUUGGGGGGGCUAAAAGGGUGGUUGGCGGAGCCUAGCGUUAGAGCAGAGCCAUCUCCCCGUACUCCUGUGCUAGCACCACGCACGUGCCGUGCGAAGAUGGGCAUCCAGCCAGGAUUGGGUGUGCCGGCUCAACGCUCCUGGUCUCCAGUACGCCUCCUCGGUCCCGCAUAUCCUACGCCGGUUUACGUACUGUAUCGCCAGUACGCGUAUACAGCCCAGUGUGUCCUGUGCCACCGCCCCGCACGUGUAGUGCGAAUGUGGGUAGCCAGCCAGGACGGGUUGUGCCAGCUCUCCGCUCCAGACCUCCAGUCCGCCUUCGCAGUCCGGUCCGGCCCGUUCCUGCUCCUUGCACCAAGCCAGUGGUGCGCGUCGCCAGCCCGGCCCGGCCUGUUCCUGCCCCUCGCACCAAGCCAGUGGUGCGCGUUGCCAGCCCGGUCCGGCCUGUUCCUGUCCCUCGCACCAAGCCAGCGGUGCGCGUCGCCAUCCCGGCCCGUUCCUGCCCCUCGCACCAAGCCAGUGGUGCGAGUCGCCAGCCCGGCCCGGCCUGUUCCUGCCCCUCGCACCAAGCCAGUGGUGCGCGUCGCCAGCCCGGUCCGGCCUGUUCCUGUCCCUCGCAGCAAGCCAGUGGUGCGUGUCGCCAGUCCGGCCUGGCCUGUUCCUGCUCCUCGCACCAAGCCAGUGGUGCAUGUUCCUAGUCCGGUUCGGCCUGUGCCUGCUCCUCGCACCAGACCAGUGGUGAGUGUGUCCAGUCCGGCACGGCCCAUGCCCGUUCCACCGGUGCCUGGUCCGGCACCAGUCAGCAGCUCCAGUCCGGAGCCAGAGCAGUCCGCUCCACCAGUGCCUGAUCCAGCUCCGGUAAGCUGCUCCAGUCCGGAGCCAGAGCAGUCCGCUCCACCGGUGCCCGGUCCAGCUCCGGUCAGCGGCUCCAGUCCAGACCCAGACGUCAGCCCCUUUCCAGGUUCGGGGUCUCCCACACCAGGGUCCAGACAGGGCUUGGAGUAUAGUGGGAGGAAGGAGAGGGGAAGCAGAGCGCCGAGGUCCAGACCAGACCAGGGGCGCAACAGGGAGGCGGAGAAUAGGUGGUGGAACCGCCCAGAGCCGGAUCCGCCUCCGAGGCGGAAUGCCCACUCGGCCCCUACCCUGUUAAGUAAAGGUUGUGCGGUCGGAGUCCGCACCUUUGGGGGGGGGGGGGGGGGGGGGGGGGGGUACUGUCACGCCCUGACACUGGGGACUCUUAUUUGUUGAGUCAGGGUGUGAUUUUCUAUGUUGUGAUUGUCUAUGUUGUAUAUUCUAGUUUGUCUAGAUCUAUGUUGGCCGGUGUGGUUCCCAAUCAGAGGCAGCUGUCGCUCGUUGUCUCUGAUUGGGGACCAUACUUAGGCAGCCUAUUGGCACUAGUGGGUUGUGGGAUCUUGUUCCGUGUUAGGUAUGUUGUUUGUGUACCUUGGACUUCACAUUUCGUUUCUUGUUUUGUCGUUGUGUUUAUAAGUCUAAUAAACAUGUAUGCAUAUCACGCUGCGCCUUGGUCUGACCCGUUCAUGAACGAACGUGACACUCUUUCCAUCCUCUCUUAAUGUUCUAAGGUAAUCGCUGCUUCAGCCUCUCUGCAGAGAAAAGUGUCCGAUCAGAGCAUGUCCCAUCAAACCAAUCUGUAAAUUGCUUAGGCUAUUUAAUUUGGAGCCAUAUGAAAUAUAUCCUAUUAUCAAAUUAACUCUCAAGAGACAUUGAAACGUUUGACGUUGAACAAAGUCACUGUAAUUGCUACUGCAGGAGGCAUGGGACAGUCAUAUAUCACUCAUUGUGUGACCCUUUUUAUAAAUUGCUUUGCUAUUGUUUUAUAUCAAAUUGGGAUAAGAGGAUCGACUUUGUGUACAAGUAGUUUUACAAAUCUGUAAUUCAAAAUUAUUGAAGUAAACCAUUCAGGUCACUCAUCUAAGCAAUGCAUCUUAAGAUUCUCAGACAAACACUUUGUUGUUUGGUUUUUUGGUUUGAUGAUUUUGCUGUGUGUGAGUAGUGAAGUAUGAAUACAAUCAAGAGAUACUGACAGAGAUACUAUUGCAUUAGAGGUUUCUUUAGUUUCAAAUACAAUGGUGACUCCAGUCUGUCAAAAUAGUGAUUGCAAGGGUGAUUUAGCCAGAAGGAUUGUUAGAAAUAGCAAAAGGCUUGUUAUUAUCAAAAAUUGACCCCUAAUCCCAGAUUAUAUUGUCAAGAACAGUGUUGUUCCUUCACAAACAUAGCUUUUCUAAGCACUGGUCUUGUUAGAUCAUGAGUAUUUACAGUACAUAAAUAUAAUUCAUUCCUCACAGCUGAUCAGUUUAUAGAAAACAGAGAAAACACCUUAACUUCAAGUGCAUUGAGUCAUAAUGAAUCCAUUGUGUAUCUCUGUGAAUCAUCUCUCUUGACCUCUCCCCUCCCCAGGCCCAGCGGCAUAUCACUGACCUGUACGAGGACCUCCGAGAUGGACACAACCUCAUCUCCCUGCUGGAAGUGCUCUCUGGAGAGACACUGGUGAGUCCCUAUGACCUUUGCCCUCUGACUGGAAGGAGAAGGACCUCUGCUUCUGCUACAACCUAUCCAACCUUCCUUCCCGACCUCUCCUUUCCUUCUGUCCCUUUUCCCAUCCUAAUUUUCAGUCCAUUAUACUAUCAUCAUUUAUCAGUCAUGAUGAUGUAUAUAAAAACAUUAUGAUGCAUUAAAUAUUUUAUAAUCUUUCCUAUACUUGAAGUCACAUGUAAUACACAACCUGGGCUGAUAGGUUUUGUUUUUACCACCUUCUUGCAUGUGUUGAAACCUGCGGAGAUACAGUAUGUGGUCCACAAACAAUACACUACAUGCUUAAGAAUGUCUCACGAUUUGACUUAACCUAUCCAUAGCACUGAUUUGAAGCUGUUUUUGGAAAUAAUGCACUUUCUAAGUAAUAUCUUGUAGCAUUAAUUUAACACUAAUUUCAUAAUUUGCUUCUCUUUCUCUCUCUCUCUCUCUCUCUCUCUCUCUCUCUCUCUCUCUCUCUCUCUCUCUCUCUUUCGCUCUCUCUCUCUAUUUCUCUCUCUUUGCACUUGUUUGACCCCUAUUUUUCCUUUUCUAAUUCCUGUCUUGCCCUGACCUUUGCCCCCUUUGCCUAUGCCUCUUCUCGUGCGAUGCUCUUGCUGUGAUAGCCGAGGGAGCGUGACGUUGUCAGGAACUCGCGGUUGGUGAGUGGGCCUGGACUGUGUAGUGCCUCCUCAGGCGUGGCAUGUGUCACUCCCCCAGGUGGCUGCUGGGUUGUGCAUGUUGAUGUCACCUCCUUGUCUUGUCGUCUCUGUGUCCGCAACGUCGUCCUCCUCUUCCAUUGGUCGAAGAGCUUCUAGAGACUAGGGCCCAAAUGGCGUCCUAUUCCCUACAUACAGUGCAUUUGGAAAGUAUUCAGAGCCCUUUACCUUUUCCACAUUGUGUUAUGUUAGAGCCUUAUUCUAAAAAGGAAUACAUUGUUUUUUCCCCCCUCAUCAAUCUACACACAAUACCCCAUAAUGACAAAGCAAAAACAGGUUUUUAGACAUUUUUGCAAAAAUAAUACUCAGUACUUUGUUGAAGCACCUUUGGCAGCGAUUACAGCCUUGAGUCUUCUUGGAUAUGAUGCUACAAGCUUGGCACACCUGUAUUUGGGGAGUUUCUCUCAUUCUUCUCUGCAGAUCCUCUCAAGCUCUGUCAUGUUGGAUGGGGAGAGUUGCUGCACAGUUAUUUUCAUGUUCGAUGUUCAGGCUCUGGCUUAGCCACUCAAGGACAUUCAGAGACUUGUCCCGAAGCCACUCCUGCAUUGUCUUGGCUGUGUGCUUAGGGUCGUUGUCCUGUUGGAAGGUGACAUUUUGCCCCAGUCUAAGGUCCUGAGCACUCCAGAGCAGGUUUUCAUCAAAGAUCCCUCGAUCCUGGCUUGUCUCCCAGUCCCUGCCGCUGAAAAACAUCCCCACAGCAUGAUGCUGCCACCACCAUGCUUCACCUAAGGGAUGGUGCCAGGUUUCCUACAGAAGUGACGCUUGGCAUUCAGGCAAAAUAGUUCAAUCUUGGUUUCAUCAGACCAGAGAAUCUUGUUUCUUGUGGUCUAAGAGUCCUUUAUGUGUAUUUUGGCAAACUCCAAGCAGGCUCUCAUGUGCCUUUUACUAAGGAGUGUCUUCCAUCUGGACACUCUACCAUAAAGGCCUGAUUGGUGGAGUGCUGCAGAGAUGGUUGUCCUUCUGGAAGGUUCUUCCAUCUCCACAGAGGAACUCUGGAGCUCUGUUAGAGUGACCAUCGGCCUUCUCCCCCAAUUGUUCAGUUUGGCUGGGCGGCCAGCUCUAGGAAGAGUUGGUGGUUCCAAACUACUUCCAUUUAAGAACGAUGGAGGCCAUUGUGUUCUUGGGGACCUUCAAAUCUGCAGAAAUGUUUUGGUACCCUUCCCCAGAUCUGUGCCUCGACACAACCUUGUCUCAGAGCUCUAAGGACAAUUCUAAAACAGUUUUUGCUCUGACAUGCACUGUCAACUGUGGGACCUUGUAUAGACAGGUGUGUGCCUUUCCAAAUCAUGUCCAAUCAAUUAAAUUUACCACAGGCGGACUCCAAUCAAGUUGUAGAAACAUCUCAAGGAUGAUCAAUGGAAAAAGGAUGCACCUGAGCUCAAUUUUGAGUAUCAUAGCAAAGGGUCUGAAUACUUAUGUAAAUAAGGUAUUUUUGUUUCUCAUUUGUGUUAAAUUUGUAAAAAUUUGUAAAAACCUAUUUUCGCUUUGUCAUUAUGGGGUAUUGUGUGUAGAUUGAUGAGGAACAUUUUUUAUUUAAUUCCUUUUAGAAUAGGCUGUUAUGUAACAAAAUGUGGAAAAAGUCAAGGGGUCUGAAUACUUUCCAAAUGCACUGCAAUGCACUAUAUUUAACCAGAGCCUUAUGGCCCUUGUUUAAAGUAGUACACUAUGUAGGGAAUAGGGUUGCAUUUGGGAUGUAGCAUAGAAACCCAACUCUACAAGAAUAAACCCAACCCAUCUCUGCAAGAACCUUGAGCUGAGGGUCAUUGAGUAGGGAAUGAAGAUGUAAAAUUAUCCUUUUUGUGUUGGAUUUGGGGAUAUUGUGUGGUAAAUGACUGGUAGUCCCUAGUCAUUGUGCUGUGAUAAGCUAUGUGGGUGUAGUAGGUCCCUUUGUUACUUAUUUAAGUAAUAAUGCCCAAGAAGGGUGUUGUUAGGCCCGAGACUAAGUCAAUAUAUCCUCCAAACACCAGCUUCGAGGAAAUUAUCACUUUUAUACAACAGGAUACCAAUAUAUUCAAAUAAUGAUUGAUAUAUUUUCAUUAAAAACGUUAUUUAGAUUAAUUUAUCCAUACUAUUUCAUCCUUCCACUAGAUAUAGUCCCGACACAAAUCUAGGGUUGCUACCCAAGCCAGCUGGUUGUUCGUUCUAUCGGUUCAGUUGCCAGAGACGCGACCCAGUCGUUCAGUCUUUUUGUUCUGUAUCUAUGUCGUUUGUUCUACAUUUAAAUUUAAAUUUACGUCAUUUAGCAGACGCUCUUAUCCAGAGCGACUUACAAAUAGGUGCAUUCACCUUAUAGCCACCUUAUAGCCUUUUUUUUGGGGGGGGGGAGGGGGGGGGGUAGAAGGAUUACUUUAUCCUAUCCCAGGUAUUCCUUAAAGAGGUGGGGUUUCAAAUGUCUUCUAAAUGUUCCAUUGCUAUACUGGCUGGCAACGUUCUUAUCCCUUGCUUGCUAGCUAGCCAACUACGGCUAACUUACAGUCACGUCAAAAAGUGCAGCCAGAACAACAGCAAAGUAGUUUCAUUUGCAUAAGCUGUUUUCUAGUGACAUUUAUUUGGAUACAUCCAUAACAAUGAGCUAAUGAGGUGUGAUUUCACCUGGCAUAGAAAAUGUGCUCUCUCGUCAGGACACUGUUGUUCAGAGGAGCUAGCCAACAAUUCAGCUAACACAAUCACUUCAAACGGAAGCUGGAAAGACUGCAAACUAGCUGCACUUCGUUUAGUUUGACCUUUUUCAAUUUACAUUUCUUUGUAUAUAUCCAUAAAAAUGAUGCCAGCUGAUUAAUGAUUUAGACUGGAUGAGAACGCUGCCUGCCUGUCUGCCUUGACCCUACUCCCGACACGUUCAUUACUAUGCGACAGCUGAAGAUCGAAUUUGAAUAUUGAAACAAUGUUGCAAAUUUCUGAGAGACAUACAGCAAGGUUUAUACAAAUCUCCGCUGUUGAAAACUAAAUGUUAGUCUACAAGAAAUGUGAGAUAAUGUCUAGAUGCUUUUUAUAGUGGAGAUCAAGUUUAUAAAUUGCCUGGCUGGGCUGAUGAGACAGUGAAUUGCGCAGUCAGAUGGAACAGAGUAAAUAGGCAAUUUAAGAUUUAGCCGGUGGUAACUUGUGGAAUAGACACCGUCUGGAAUGCGUUUUUCACCAAUCAGCAUUCAGGAUUAGACCCACCCAUUGUAUAAAAAAACAUAAUGAAUAAAGCUGGGAUUUUUCCUUCACUUUCAGCCCUAGAUCAUUUCAUGUUCAGUCUGCUAGUUCCAUCUGUGCCCUCCCUCCAAGUCAUAGCAUAUUAGUCUGAGUUCUGAGAAAGAGAUACAGGCAUCCGUUCAUUUGACCCAAAUUACUGUAAACAGAAGCCAGAGUGAUACUGCAAGCCAAUAAGAGAUCGACCUGCACGCUAGUUGAGCUUGUGGUUCACUGAGAGCUUGUGACUUGCUGCACCGAUGCAUGAAAUGGUGGACCAGAUAUGCAGGUCUCCUGCACACUUGACCAUUAUCUAGAGAUUGAGAAGCAUAAAGUCUCUAAGCACUGCUGCUUGGCUUCAUGUACAGUGGGGAGAACAAGUAUUUGAUACACUGCCGAUUUUGCAGGUUUUCCUACUUACAAAGCAUGUAGAGGUCUGUAAUUUUUAUCAUAGGUACACUUCAACUGUGAGAGACGGAAUCUAAAACAAAAAUCCAGAAAAUCACAUUGUAUGAUUUUAAAGUAAUUCAUUUGCAUUUUAUUGCAUAUGUAAUGUUUAGAUCGAUGCAUUGAACAUGGAUGUAGUUAGUUUCUUAGAGCAAGCAAUGGAAGUGAUUGAUGAUUGGAAGAAUCCAGUAGCUAGUGGUCCAGGUUUAACAUUCUCACCUUCACCCAUUAUCCUUAGAAUGUUCAUGCCUCUGGAUCUCAUUCCAAUGCUUUUCAAUAGGGCCAUGCAAAAUGAAUGGGGUGACUGGACAGUCAUGAGAUACUGUGUUCAGCUCUGACCACAACUCAACCAAAUUUGGAGUCAAAUCUCAAAUUCAAUGUCCAUCACAGGAAGUUGGUGGUACCUUAAUUGGGAAGAACGGGCUUGUGGUGAUGACUGGAGCGGAGUAGGUGGAAUGGUAUCAAAUACAUCAAACACAUGGUUUCCAGGUGUUUGAUGCCAUUCCAUUUGCUCCGUUCCAGCCAUUAUUAUGAGCUGUUCUCCCCUCAGCAGCCUCCUGUGAUGUCCAUUCAAUGUGGUUGAUUAUAUAGGACCAUGACUGCUGCUUGUAAUCCAAUAAAAUGUGUUCUCAAUCUGAAAUACUUUGCCUGCAGUCAUGGGGCCUGCUCUUCCCUGUCAUAUUGUUACUGUAUGUGUGUUCUCCUCUCCCUCUAAAGUUCAAUCUCUUCUCACAUCUCACAGCCCAGGGAGAAGGGGCGUAUGCGCUUCCACAAACUGCAGAAUGUACAGAUCGCACUGGACUUCCUCAAACAUAGACAGGUACAGUGUGAUGAUUCAUUGAGUCUAAAAAACACUAGGAACACCUUCCUAACACUGAGUUGCACCCCAUUUUGCCCCCAGAACAGCCUCUGUUCUUCAGGGCAUGGACUCUACAAGGUGUCGACAGUGUUCCUUCUUUAACCUGUGUCCUUCCCUUCAUCGACACUGAUUGAAGUGGAUUUAACAGGUGACAUAGCUUUGACCUGAAUUGACCUGGUCAGUCUAUGUCAUGGAAAGAGUAGGUAUUCCUAAUGUUUUGUACAUUCAGUGUGUCUAUGUUUUUUAAGUAACAUAUUUUUCUCAGUUUGAACUGACACUCAUGUACACUAAUGCAAUCUAACAGUCCCAAUACCUUAUAAUUCAUUAGAUAACCAUUUAGAUAUAGCUGAAUCUAGAGGGCCAAUUUUCUUUAAGAUGGUUGUACAUACUUGUGUCUCCUUUGUGACAGGUCAAACUGGUCAACAUCAGGAAUGAUGACAUCGCCGAUGGAAACCCCAAGCUGACCCUGGGCCUGAUAUGGACCAUCAUCCUUCACUUCCAGGUAUGUCAUGCUACACUCAUAGCAUAACAACAACCAAUAUGUUUAUUAUCAUUCAAAUGAUAAGCCUAGGCCAGGGUGAUGGGAUCCAGGUACAACAUCCUAUAACCUGUUUGGUAUAUUUCACCUGGAAGGAUAAUUUUCUAUCGUUGCCUGUAGCAGUAGGGAAAGCUACAGUAGUACAGUAGGACUUGUCUGGGCCAACUAAUCAAUUCCAAGCCCACCGCUUCUGUUGACAGAGCAGAUAUGAGUCCAAUUCAAUUAUUCCAAAUCGGCCUCUUUUAGUAUUUGGCACCCACUGUCUAUACACAACUCUACUACUCAUGAUUCCCAUAUGUCUGAGGGAUUUCAGACUGAACAUUAAGAAAAACAUAUUGAAACACUAAUUUGAAGACCAUGUGAGGUUUCCAUCCUCAAUAUAACUCAGUGAAUGAUGGAACUUAUUUCUCCCCAAAAUGGAAGAUGCCAGGAGCGUUUAGUUAUUCGUUUAGCAGUUGAGCAUAUUUAGAAAUAUGGAAAAAGAAGGGCACAAGGAGAUUUUUUGAUGCUAUAAUGGGCAUACUGGUUAUACUGAGAUUAACGUAAUGUGGGAUUCCGUCCACUCCAGGGUGACUCAGGGUUUCCCGUGGACAGGCAGGAAAGUGAGGUGGGUGUGGCAGGUCAUUGCUCUAAACAUUUCAACGAGUCCCACCAUUGGCCAUACUUAUUUUUUGAUGAGAGGACCCCAUAGGGCUCUGAUCAAAAGUAAUGCACCCUAUAGGGAACAGGGGGCUAUUUGAGAUGCAGACUCUAUGUUCUUUUAGCCCUUUGAGUCCUCUCAUCAAAACAUGAUGCCUUGAUGAAGUGGAAGGAAGCAGGAAGCUCUCUAGAUUCUCAUAAAGGCGAACUGAGAGGGCGGAGGGCCUCUUUCCAUGUGGUGUGUGUGAGUCACAUCGUGAGUACAUACAUAGCAGUGGGGAUCCCACACUACAGAGAAGAUGGGAUGGUAAGUCCUAAAUAUUUCCUCUCUCCACCCUUACCUUAAAUAAAAGCCUGAAAGUAACAUUAGAACCCCUGACAGUGUGCCACAUUGAAAAUGUCACAUUGGUCAUAAAGCAAUCUUUCUUGUUCCAAUAAGGCUCUAUAAAGUAUCUUGUUAUGACUAAAAACAACCACUGCUCCAUGGAUCAUCUAGUUUUUCUUUGGUUAUUGUUUUAUGUUUUGGUGGUUGAUAGGGGUUUGAGUUAUGCAUAGUAUUCUAGCAAGGCAAUACAUUAAUUAUUUAAGAAUCUAUUGAGCACAGUAUGCAAUGCACACAUAGUAUUGAGCGUUGAGCAUCAGCAACAAAACACUAAGGUAAACACAGCUCCAUCAUUUAACUUAAGCUACCUGAGUUGUUGAAGCUUCCUGUAGAUGCAGUAGUUAUCCCUCUCUCACCAGAGGGAAAUAGACUGCUGAGAGAUUCACAAGGCUGUGCCUGUGACUCAUAGUCACCACUCACCUUUUGAAAUUCUGUGCCCCAUGGAUGUUUUUACUUUCACAAGUUGGAUUCUGCACCAGGGAACAUCAAGCUGUUUGAGAGGGUUUCACAGCAGCAAGCUGCAAUGGAUUUCAUGUGCUUUUUACAUCUGACAGUUGGUUAUUGAGGUUGAAAAUGUGUCAUCUUAAGCCUGGAUCAAGUCAAGUUGCUUUGAACUUUAAAACCAUGCAUAAUGAUUAUACCAAAGCAUGCGUAGUUCUCUUCCAGUAUGUGCCCUUUGUCCACAGUCCCCUUUCUUCCAGCCUUUUUGCCAACCCACCACACCUUGAACCAUCUAUGACAGUGUUAUUCAGUCCUGGGGACCUACAAGGUGUGCAGGUUUUUGUUUAAGCCCAGUACUAACACACCUGAUUCAAAUAAUUAACUAAUCAUCAAACUAGUUGAAUCAGAUGUGUUAGUACUACUGGGAUUGAACAAAAGCCUGCAUACCUUAUGGAUCCUCAGGACCAUGAUUAAAGUAUACUCUAUAGCCUGCCUUACCAAUACCCCCCCCCCCAGAUAUCAGACAUCCAGGUGAAUGGCCAGUCAGACGACAUGACGGCCAAGGAGAAGCUGCUGCUGUGGUCCCAGCGCAUGGUGGAGGGAUACCACGGGAUGCGCUGCGACAACUUCACCACCAGCUGGAGGGACGGCAAGCUCUUCAACACAAUCAUACACAAACACAGGUGAGAUGCAGCCUUGAACAAGUAAUAAUAAGGUGAUCUGACUGGGGCUUGAGGAAAUCAUGGGGGUCAUGGAUUUUCUUUUUAAGCUAUGCCUAAUCAUUUCGUGAUUACAUGUGCUUGCCUUGGACCUGCUAUUAUUUAAACUACCAGUCAAAAGUUUGGACACACCUACUCAUUGAAGGGAAUUUUUUACAUUGUAGAAAAAAAGUGAAGACAUUAAAACUAUGAAAUAACACAUAUAGAAUCAUGCAGUAACCAAAAAAGUAUUAAACUAAUCAAAAUACUGUAUAUUGUAUAUUUGAGAUUCUUCAAAUAGCCACCCUUUGCCUUGAUGACAGCUUUGCACAUUCUUGGCAUUCUCUCAACCAGCUUCAUGAGGUAGUCACCUGGAUUGAAUUUCAAUUAACAGUUGUGCCUUCUUAAAAGUUAAUUUGUGGAAUUUCUUUCCUUCUUAAUGCGUUUAAGCCAAUCAGUUGUGUUGUGACAAGGUAGGGGGGGGGGGGGGGGGGCGUAUACAGAAGAUAGCCCUAUUUGGUAAAAGACCAAGUCAUAUUAUGGCAAGAACAGCUCAAAUAAGACACAUCUCAACAUCAACUGUUCAGUGGGGACUGUGUGAAUCAGGCCUUCAUGGUCGAAUUGCUGCAAAGAAACCACUACUAAAGGACACCAAUAAUAAGAAGAGACCUGCUUGGGCCAAGAAACACGAGCAAUAGACAUUAGGCUGGUGGAAAUGUGUCCUUUGGUCUGGAGUCCAAAUUGGAGAUUUUUGGAUCCAAACGCCGUGUCUUUGUGAGACGCGGUGUGGGUGAACGGAUGUGUAGUUCCCACCAUAAAGCAUGGAGGAGGCGGUGUUAGGGGUGCUUUGCUGGUGACACUGUCUGCGAUUUAUUUAGAAUUCAAGGCACACUUAACCAGCAUGGCUACCACAGCAUUUUGCAGCGAUAUGCCAUCCCAUCUGGUUGUCGCUUAGUGGGACUAUCAUUUGUUUUUCAAUAGGACAAUGACCCAACACACCUCCAGGCUGUGUAAGGGCUAUUUUACCAAGAAGGAGAGUGAUGGAGUGCUGCAUCAGAUGACCUGGCCUCCACAAUCCCCCGACCUCAACCCAAUUGAGAUGGUUUGGGAUGAGUCAGACGGCAGAGUGAAGGAAAAGCAUCCAACAAGUGCUCAGCAUAUGUGGGAACUCCUUCAAGACUGUUGGAAAAGCAUUCCAGGUGAUGCUGGUUGAGAGAAUGCCAAGAGUGUGCAAAGCUGUCAUCAAGGCAAAGGGUGGUUAUUUGAAGAAUCUCAAAUAAUAUAUAUUUUGAUUUGUUUAACACUUUUUUGGUUACUUCAUGAUUCCGUAUGUGUUGUUUCAUAGUUCUGAUGUCUUCUACAAGAAAAACCCUUGAAUGAGUAGGUGUGUCCAAACUUUGACUUGUACUGUACAUCCUUGGGCCAUAGUGAACCCCUGUGCUCCACAUGCAUGUUAAAUGUUUUAUUUAUUACUGUUCAUACAAAGAGAGGAAUGUGAAAUUCAUAUUUACUGUCGCACUGCAUAAAGGCUGACUUGUACAGGUAGUGAUGUAGGGGUGUAGAAAUCCCCAUCAACUGAGGAGGGGUCACUAUUUAUAGUUGGAUGGAAAUUAUCCAACCAUUAUGUAGAAAUUAUGUUGAACUACAUUUAUCAAUCUGACUCCAAUAUUUUGUGAAGAAAUGCAAAAGGCCCUCUGCGUCUCUAAAGGAUCUAGUCAAGGUAGUGAGCCUUGCCUCACCACUUAGUAUGACUAUAAUGAACAUGUCUAACUUACACCGUUAUGCAGUUAUUAAGAGACUAGACACAAAUAGGUCAUCCUGCGACCAAUGUUCUGGCAUUAAUUUAUUGAGGCAAGCAGAUCAAGGUUGUCAAGGUGGUACCCAAGCAUAUGCUUUGUGUAUAGUGUUUAUAACAACUACCAAUAGACCUACUAAAUUAUAAGCGUAUAGUCUAUCAGAUAAUUACUCUGUAAAACGAGGAAUGCAUUUACUCAAUUCAACUAUUAUAAUUUAUUAGUCACAAAAUAAUUAACACUCAAACAAUUACAGUGUACAUGAAAUACAUUAUACAGUGAGGGAAUAAAAUAUUUGAUCCCCUGCUGAUUUUGUACGUUUGCCCACUGACAAAGACGUGAUCAGUCUAUAAUUUUAAUGGUAGGUUUGUUUGAACAGUGAGAGACAGAAUAACAAUAACAAAAUCCAGAAAAACGCAUGUCAAAAAUGUUAUAAAUUGAUUUGCAUUUUAAUUAGGGAAAUAAGUAUUUGACCCCUCUGCAAAACCUGACUUAGUACUUGGUGGCAAAACCCUUGUUGGCAAUCAUAGAGGUCAGACGUUUCUUGUAGUUGGCCACCAGGUUUGCACACAUCUCAGGAGGGAUUUUGUUCCACUCCUCUUUGCAGAUCUUCUCCAAGUCAUUAAGGUUUCGAGGCUGACGUUUGGCAACUCGAACCUUCAGCUCCCUCCACAGAUUUUCUAUGGGAUUAAGGUCUGGAGACUGGCUAGGCCACUCCAGGACCUUAAUGUGCUUCUUCUUGUUGCCUUGGCCAUGUGUUUUGGGUCAUUGUCAUGCUGGAAUACCCAUCCACAACCCAUUUUCAAUGCCCUGGCUGAGGGAAGGAGGUUCUCACCCAAGAUUUGACGGUACAUGGCCCCGUCCAUCGUCCCUUUGAUGCGGUGAAGUUGUCCUGUCCCCUUAGCAGAAAAACACCCCCAAAGCAUAAUGUUUCCACAUCCAUGUUUGACGGUGGGGAUGGUGUUCCUGGGGUCAUAGGCAGCAUUCCUCCUCCUCCAAACACGGCAAGUUGAGUUGAUGCCAAAGAGCUCCAUUUUGGUCUCAUCUGACCACAACACUUUCACCCAGUUCUCCUCUGAAUCAUUCAGAUGUUCAUUGGCAAACUUCAGACGGCCCUGUAUAUGUGCUUUCUUGAGCAGGGGGACCUUGCGGGUGCUGCAGGAUUUCAGUCCUUCACGGCGUAGUGUGUUACCAAUUGUUUUCUUGGUGACUAUGGUCCCAGCUGCCUUGAGAUCAUUGACAAGAUCCUCCUGUGUAGUUCUGGGCUGAUUCCUCACCGUUCUAAUGAUCAUUGCAACUCCACGAGGUAUGGAGCCCCAGGCCGAGGGAGAUUGACAGUUAUUUUGUGUUCCAUUUGCGAAUAAUCGCACCAACUGUUGUCACCUUCUCACCAAGCUGCUUGGCGAUGGUCUUGUAGCCCAUUCCAGCCUUGUGUAGGUCUACAAUCUUGUCCCUGACAUCCUUGGAGAGCUCUUUGGUCUUGGCCAUGGUGGAGAGUUUGGAAUCUGAUUGAUUGAUUGCUUCUGUGGAUAGGUGUCUUUUAUACAGGUAACAAACUGAGAUUAGGAACACUCCUUUUAAGAGUGUGCUCCUAAUCUCAGCUCGUUACCUGUAUAAAAGACACCUGGGAGCCAGAAAUCUUUCUGAUUGAGAGGGGGUCAAAUACUUAUUUCCCUCAUUAAAAUGCAAAUCAAUUUAUAACAUUUUUGACAUGCGUUUUUCUGGAUUUUUUUGUUGUUAUUCUGUCUCUCACUGUUCAAAUAAACCUACCAUUAAAAUUAUAGACUGAUCAUUUCUUUGUCAGUGGGCAAACGUACAAAAUCAGCAGAGGAUCAAAUACUUAUUUCCCUCACUGUACAUUACAGAAUAACUUAGAGUCAAUUACUAUCGCUAAGACCUAAGGUGGUUAAUUAAGCAUAAUUAACCUUUCUUUGCACUUUGCUAGAAAAAUAAUAGACAGGAACAACACUCCCAGAUCCUAAUCGAAUCAACUAAAUCUAAAUAAUAGGAGCACACCCCUGUGUCACUCCUCUUUGAACUAUCCUCUGUCUAUUACAGUUUCCCUGUAACAAUAAAUCCCUAGCACUUACAGUACAAUAAAACAUGUACAAAUUCGUAGUUCUUCAUGAAAUCUUGAAACAAUCCAAACAUGACAAUGUAAUUCACAGGAACAUUAAUUUAGUAGAUUUCACGUUUUCAUCUGUCUUCACACCUCCAACGGUGUCCGUGCUCCCAGGGUUCUGUGGGAAUGUCCCUCCCCAGAGAAAGCCACAGAUAAGGUGUGUUUGACCCCUGUGAUAGCCCACAAAUGGUCAACCAUCCAAACAAUGGCAUAAAUCAUGAUGGAGUCAUCACACUUGGCCUCAGUGCCUGCAAGUCGCAAGUAUCACCUUCUCUCAUUCUUCCGCUACAGUUAUGCAAUCAGUUGGAAGUACUUCUCAUUAUUUGAUUUGGAAGCAGUUUCAUUGCUGAAAACAUUUGAUCAUGCAUGCCCAGGUAUGCAAUCCAGCACAUAGCAAUAAUAAAUAAUAAUAAUAAUAAUAUAUUUAAUUUGUAGAGCGCUUCUCUUUACAGCAAUAAUCUCAAAGAUGCUCUUAAAACAACAACACCCAACAUUUCAGUUAAGCCUAUUGACAGUUCUGGGUGAAAGAUCUUCCACGGUCAUCCACAGAGGCAGGUGCAAGUCCAACAGGUCACAUAGCAGUAACAUUCAAUCAACAAUGAAAAAUUUGGCUAAAAAAUACGCAUAACAACUACCAUAAGGGGUCAGGAUAGAUUUUGACAAGAGACGUUUCAUGUUUGCACAUACUGUACAAACACACACCCUGUAUGCUCACACACCCAGGAGAAAGGCACAGGAGGUGGCGAGGCGAGGCAGCUUUGAGGUAUUAUUUAGUUGCAUGAAAAGAGAGAGGAUUGUGACUGAGGUCCCAUGAAUUUGAAAAUAAGAUGCCCACAGGGGCUGUGCUUUUAAGUCUCAGCAAGUAGCAGCACAGCUCAGGUAUGCCCAGGUGUCUCAGGUGUGUCUGCCAUACAAACUCCACACAGACCAAGAGCAAGACAGAAACAGACUGCAGAACGACAAAUCAACAAAGCAGUCUGGGCUCACAUACAACUCAUUGAAUGAAGAAAUGCAUGAGAAAGUCAUCUCUCAAUUCUAUGACCGUCAACGCUCAAGGCUUGCACAUUCUCUAGCUAUGGAAAGGGGAUGCUACGUCAAAGGCAAUGCAGAUACAUGAGCCACUGAACUGAAAAGGGACUGGAAAGCUCGAAUGAUAGUUGUGUUUUGGGGGAGUGUCUGCCGCUACAGUAUUCUCAUAUCUGGAGGGUGAGAAUGCAACAUGAACCUUGUAAAAUCUGAAAAACAUCAGUCACAGUCUCAUACAUGGAUGGAUUUGUAAGACUGAAAGGAAAAACUGCAAGAGGAGAGUUUGGACACUGUUUGGACGCCGUUGCAGUUGAGGACACCCACACACACCGUCACCAUGAUGCACAGUCUGAAGAAGAAGUUCCGCUCCUCCAAGAGACGGUUGAACAGCACCUCCAGCAGCACCCAGGGCUCUGUCAGUGAUCUGGAGGACCGGGUUGUCAUGCUGUGUGAGGACAUCCCAGCUGAGACCAGCACCUUUGUCUCGAGUCGGGGGUUCCAGAGCCCGGGGGAGUCCUCCUCCAGCCGAGGUUCGCAGAGCGGGGAGCAGGAGGCAGGGUCUGGGUCAGGGUCAGACCCACGCAUAGUGCACCUGAGCAGGGACAGACACUCCUACAGACAGGUCAUCUACUCUGAUAUGGAGCACUACCCCAGGGGCCAUGGAGACUAUUAUGUGCAGAGAGUUGUGCAAGGGUACGCAGGGUUUAUGUCAUUGUUUCAUUAAGGCUGUGGUUGGGAUUAAUUUUGAUAGCCGUUUCCUUUUUUUUGCUACUUCUAGACAUUAGAUAUUUUCUAAUAGGGAAUAUAAUAAGUUUUGCAUUUUAUGCCUAUGGUUUACAAAGCCCCUGUAUUUUGUUUAACCACGCCAGGCUAAAUCCAUUGGCAAAUAUGAGAUGCCCUGUGCUCAUCCAAGCAGUCAAAUCUUGUAUCUGCACGCUAUUUGACUGCAAUUACCUUUAUUGGCAGUGUACAUGAAACAACUUGUACAUGGAAUUUCUAACUAACUGGUUGGUAGAAGGAGCUCUUGUUUUUGCCUGCCCCUGUCUGUAUUCACAUUCCUCUGAGAGAGGCAUGUCGAUCAGGAUCUAAUGUAGGCAGUCCAUCAUGAUUAAACUGCCUACAGCAGGGUUCCCCAACUGGCGGUUAUUUUAUGGGGAAUUUUCAUUGUUAGACAUAAAAGACUGUAAAAACAGCAGGAAAUCAUCUCCAAGUGAUUUUCAUUUUGUAAAUUUUUUCCCAUGUAUUCAUACGCAUAACAGAGAGAUGUGAUCAUAUACAGAAUUACAGUGGCUUGCGAAAGUAUUCACCCCCUUGGCAUUUUUCCUAUUUUGUUGCCUUACAACCUGGAAUUAAAAUGGAUUUUUUGGGGGGGUUUGUAUCAUUUGAUUUACACAUUCCUACCACUUUGAAGAUGCAAAAUAUUUUUGGUUGUCAAACAAACAACAAAUAAGACAAACAAAUACAGAACUUGAGCAUACAUAACUAUUCACCCCCCCCCCCCCCCCCCCCCCCCCCCCCCCCCCACCUUUUGCAGCAAUUACAGCUGCAAGUUUCUUGGAAUAGGUCUCCAUAAGCUUGGCACAUUUAGCCACUGGGAUUCUUGCCCAUUCUUCAAGGCAAAACUGCUCCAGCUCCUUCAAGUUGAAUGGGUUCCGCUGGUGUACAGCAGUCUUUAAGUCAUACCAGAUUCUCAAUUGGAUUGAGGUCUGGGCUUUGACUAGGCCAUUCCAAGACAUUUCAAUGUUUCCCCUUAAACCACUCAAGUGUUGCUUUAGCAGUAUGCUUAGGGUCAUUGUCCUGCUGGAAGGUGAACCUCCGUCCUAGUCUCCAAUCUCUGGACGACUGAAACAGGUUUCCCUCAAGAAUUUCCCUGUAUUUAGCGCCAUCCAUCAUUCCUUCAAUUUUGACCAGUUUCCCAGUCCCUGCCAAUGAAAAACAUCCCCAAAGCAUGAUGCUCUCACCACCAUGCUUCACUCGGGGAGAUGAGAGGUGUUGGGUUUGUGCCAGACAUAGUGUUUUCCUUGAUGGCCAAAAAGCUCAAUUUUAGUCUCAUCUGACCAGAGUACCUCCUUCCAUAUGUUUGGUGAGUCUCCCACAUGCCUUUUGACGAACACCAAACGUGUAUGCUUAUUUUUUUCUUUAAGCAAUGGCUUUUUCUGGCCACUCUUCCAUAAAGCCCAGCUCUGUGGAGUGUACGGCUUAAAGUGGUCCUAUGGACAGAUACUCCAAUCUCCGCUGUGGAGCUUUGCAGCUCCUUCAGGGUUAUCUUUGGUCUCUUUGUUGCCUCUCUGAUUAAUGCCCUCCUUGCCUGUUCCGUGAGUUUUGGUGGGCAGCCCUCUCUUUGCAGGUUUGUUGUGGUGCCAUAUUCUUUCCAUUUUUUCAUAAUGGAUUUAAUGGUGCUCCGUGGGAUGUUCAACGUUUCGGAUUUCUUUUUAUAACUCAACCCUGAUCUGUACUUUUCCACAACUUUGUCCCUGACCUGUUUGGAGAGCUACUUGGUCUUCAUGGACCGCUUGCUUGGUGGUGCCCCUUGCUUAGUGGUGUUGCAGACUCUGGGGCCUUUCAGAACAGGUGUAUAUAUACUGAGAUCAUGUGACAUAUCAUGUGACACUUAGAUUGCACACAGGUGGACUUUAUUUAACUAAUUAUGUGACUUCUGAAGGUAAUUGGUUGCACCAGAUCUUAUUUAUGGGCUUCAUAGCGAAGGGGGUGAAUACAUAUGCACGCACCACUUUUCCGUUAUUUAUUUUUUUGAAUAUUUUAAAACAAGUUAUUUUUUACAUUUCACUUCACCAAUUUGGACAAUUUUGUGUAUGUCCAUUACAUGAAAUCCAUUUUUUUUUUUUAUUACAGGUUGUAAUGCAACAAAAUAGGAAAAACGCCAAGGGGGAUGAAUAGUUUUGCAAAGUACUGAAUGUAGGCCAUAACAAUAUUAUCUGUAUGCUUAUGUUUUGUUUUAUCAAUAUGUUUUUUAGGAAAUAACCUCUAUUUAAUGGUUUGACCUGAAUGUUUUGAGGUUGCAAAGAUGAAUAUAAUACAUACAGUGGGGAGAACAAGUAUUUGAUACACUGCCGAUUUUGCAGGUUUUCCUACUUACAAAGCAUGUAGAGGUCUGUAAUUUUUAUCAUAGGUACACUUAAACUGUGAGAGACGGAAUCUAAAAUCCAGAACAUCACAUUGUAUGAUUUUUAAGUAAUUAAUUUGCAUUUUAUUGCAUGACAUAAGUAUUUGAUACAUCAGACAAGCAGAACUUAAUAUUUGGUAGAGAAACCUCGUGCUUCUACACCUGCAUUACUAGCUGUUUGGGGUUUUAGGCUGGGUUUCUGUACAGCACUUCGAGAUAUCAGCUGAUGUACGAAGGGCUAUAUAAAAUAAAAUUGAUUGAUUGAUUGAUGGUUUGCAAUUACAGAGAUCAUACGUUUCCUGUAGGUCUUGACCAGGUUUGCACACACUGUAGCAAGGGAUUUUGGCCCACUCCUCCAUACAGACCUUCUCCAGAUCCUUCAGGUUUCGGGGCUGUCGCUGGGCAAUACAGACUUUCAGCUCCCUCCAAAGAUUUUCUAUUAGGUUCAGGUCUGGAGACUGGCUAGACCGGCUAGACCACUCCAGGACAUUGAGAUGCUUCUUACGGAGCCACUCCUUAGUUGCCCUGGCUGUAUGUUUCGGGUCGUUGUCAUGCUGGAAGACCCAGCCACGACCCAUCUUCAAUGCUCUUACUGAGGGAAGGAGGUUGUUGGCCAAGAUCUUGCGAUACAUGCCCCCUCCAUCCUCCCCUCAAUACGGUGCAGUUGUCCUGUCCCCUUUGCAGAAAAGCAUCCCCAAAGAAUGAUGUUUCCACCUCCAUUCUUCACGGUUGGGAUCGUGUUCUUGGGGUUGUACUCAUCCUUCUUCUUCCUCCAAACACGGCGAGUGGAGUUUAGACCAAAAAGCUCUGUGUUUUUCUCAUCAGACCACAUGUCCUUCUCCCAUUCCUCCUCUGGAUCAUCCAGAUGGUCAUUGGCAAACUUCAGACGGGCCUGGACAUGCACUGGCUUGAGCAGGGGGACCUUGCGUGCGCUGCAGGAUUUUAAUCCAUGACGGCGUAGUGUGUUACUAAUGGUUUUCUUUGAGACUGUGGUCCCAGCUCUCUUCAGGUCAUUGACCAGGUCCUGCCGUGUAGUUCUGGGCUGAUCCCUCACCUUCCUCAUGAUCAUUGAUGCCCCACGAGGUGAGAUCUUGCAUGGAGCCCCAGACCGAGGGUGAUUGACCGUCAUCUUGAACUUCUUCCAUUUUCUAAUAAUUGCGCCAACAGUUGUUGCCUUCUCACCAAGCUGCUUGCCUAUUGUCCUGUAGCCCAUCCCAGCCUUGUGCAGGUCUACAAUUUUAUCCCUGAUGUCCUUACAAAGCUCUCUGGUCUUGGCCAUUGUGGAGAGGUUGGAGUCUGUUUGAUUGAGUGUGUGGACAGGUGUCUUUUAUACAGGUAACGAGUUCAAACAGGUGCAGUUAAUACAGGUAAUGAGUGGAGAACAGGCAGGCUUCUUAAAGAAAAACUAACAGGUUUGUGAGAGCCAGAAUUCUUACUGGUUGGUAGGUGAUCAAAUACUUAUGUCAUGCAAUAAAAUGUAAAUGAAUUACUUAAAAAUCAUACAAUGUGAUUUUCUGGAUUUUUGUUUUAGAUUCCGUCUCUCACAGUUGAAGUGUACCAAUGAUAAAAAAUUAUAGACCUCUACAUGCUUUGUAAGUAGGAAAACCUGCAAAAAUGGCAGUGUAUCAAAUACUUGUUCUCCCCACUGUACAUUUGCACUAUAUCCUAUAAGAAAAUACGGUGUCUGAGAUGCAAUUUUAUAGUUUUAACAGCCUUCUCUAUGUUUUGUCCCCAGGCCUAGUCUGAUUGACAUGAGUAAGGUGUACCGACAGACCCAUGUAGAAAACCUGGAGCAGGCCUUCAGUGUGGCAGAGAGAGACCUGGGUGUCACUCGGCUGCUCGACCCAGAAGGUAAGGGGACUCACUUGUAUUGUAUUCUCAAUUACUCUCAAUACUAUUAGCGGCAUAUUUGUAUGAAUUCUUGCAUUUAGCUUUUUCUAAAAUCAGUUUUUAACUGAUGUUCAUUGUCUCCCCUCUAUUAAGAUGUGGAUGUACCACACCCAGAUGAGAAGUCCAUCAUCACAUACGUGUCCUCCCUGUAUGAUGUCAUGCCCCGGGUACCUGACGUCCAGGAUGGGGUGAAAGCCAAUGUAAGUGUCGUCUUCUUGGAACCAUAUAGGUCAUCACCACUAGGGGGAUUCCUCCUGGUCUCACCUUUGAGAUCACAUAAUAUAAUAAUAAUAAUAAUAAUAAUAAUAUGCCAUUUAGCAGACGCUUUUAUCCAAAGCGACUUACAGUCAUGUGCGCAUAUAUUUUUUCGUAUGGGUGGUCCCGGGGAUCGAACCCACUACCCUGGCGUUACAAGCGCCAUGCUCUACCAAUUGAGCUACAGAGGAUGUCUUUGACACUAUGAGGUGAAUUUUCCCUUAGGUACUGGUAUAGGAUCAGCUUCCCUUCCCCCAAUCCUAACAUUAACCAUUAGAGGGGGAAAUGCAAAACUGACCCAAGAUCAGCAUCUACAGGAAACUUCACCCUACACCAUGUUUAACCAGUGGAGUGAUGUUUAAUGCAGUGAUAUGGUGACUACCGUAAUUGAUUUAGUUUCAUUCAACCUUUCUCUAAUGAACCCUCUCCUGUCUCCUGUGUGUCCCCCAGGAGCUGGAGCUGCGCUGGCAGGAGUACUAUGAGCUGGUGACCCUGCUGCUGCAGUGGAUCAGACACCACAUCAUCGUGUUUGAGGAGAGGAAGUUCCCUACCAGCUAUGAGGAGAUUGAGGUAAGUCUCCUCACCUAUUGGGGAAAUCUCUUGAUACAUGUAAGUGAAUAUUCUGUCUGUUUCAGAUUUUUUAUAAUCAUCUUAGAGACUUGAUGUAUGACAAAGGCUAUGUUCAGUUGAAACAGUGAAUGAAUUUAGCAUGAUUUUUUCCUAUUGGUGCCAGUGGGGAAGCAGUUAUGGAAGUGGUCUGCAAUGAGAAAAUAAGUCACUGGUAAAGGGUACUAGCCUUCAUAAUAACUUAUGACUGUUUGUCUCUGAUUUCUGAAAAUUGUCUGAGGGAUGUGAUGAAACAAGAGCUAUGUAUGUUUAAUUGUCAUGUUGAAUUAAUUCAGCAAUAUUUUAAAUCCACAGGUGCUUUGGCGCCAGUUUCUGAUGUUCAAGGAGACAGAGCUGCCUGCAAAGGAAGCAGACAAGAAUCGAUCCAAACACAUCUACAAGUCUUUUGAGGUUAGCAAAUAAACCACUAAAAAGAGAAGAAGGUGCAAGCCAAAAUGCCCAGAGUGAAUGUUUGGACACAUAUAAAGAAUAGUUCAAUCAACUAACUGCAUCAAGUAAAUGCUGGCCCUUUUUUGAAAAUGUUCCUGCCUGUGCCUGUCAUUGUCUGUCCUUGCAGGGUGCAGUUCAGGCGGGUCAUGUCAAGGUGCCCCCUGGGUACCAGCCUAUCGAUGUGGAGAAGGAGUGGGGUCAUCUCCAUGUAGCCAUACUGGAGAGAGAGCGUCUUCUAAGGACAGAAUUUGAGAGGUGAGACAGCCAUUAUAUGUACGUACAAAACUGUGGUAUGAGGGUCAAUGGGGUUUGAGAUUAUACCUUCAUCUUAGAGAUGAUGCUGAAAUCCGUUACAGGCGUUUUUGUUAGAUGCAGUUCUGAGGAGAAAUUUUUGAUUUAGGGACUCUGUCACGUGGUGUUUCUGUUGUGUUUCAGUUGUUAAAGCAAACUCAAUGUUUAUUAGAAGUAAUAAAUUAAACAGGACAUAAAACAUUGUAAAAAGAGCAUUCACACCCAAAGGCUUCUGUAACUAUGUGGCUACUGUAACUAUGUGGAUUAUAACCAGUUUGGUGGAUGUGAGCAGACAUUGUGAGAUGAAGAUAGCUGGACAACCACAUGACGACUCACUGAAAGAUCCAGACACUGCUGUUGCCAUGGCAAAGAUUUCAAAACCUUUCAAUAAUGUGAUUAUUUGCGUCAUAAUUAAGUUAUUAUAGGACAGUCCUUACCAAAUCACAAGAAAACAGGGUGUAUGUUGUUUUUGUUAAGGGUUGGUCCCUCAUCACAAGACUUCAGUCUUAAAGUAAACAGUCAGGGCAGCAGUCAGGGAAGCUACUGUGGGCUGUGAGUCACAGCACAGCUAACCAUCAUAGCAACUGGGGAGGACUAGCUGUCAGAGAAUCCAUCAUGGCCUUUGCCAGUCAGAUCUACGGUUUAGAGUAUUUACUUCGCAAGAAGAAGGAGAAGAAGGAGUGAGUGUUUUACCCUGCCUGCAUAAUGUUUCUGAGAAGAUUGUGGAAUGUUUGCUCUAAUUUGUAGAAUGUUUUUUUUUCUCCAGAUAUUUGUAUUGAUGCUCUUGAAAUGUAUUGAAAUGCAUGUCCAUUGGAUUUAAAUUUAGACCAACAUUAUUAUUUAUUUCAUCUUUAUUUAACCAGGUUGUCCCAUUGAGGUCAAAAUGCUUAUUUCACAAAAUCUGCGCAAAGGGCCCGUGUUGUCUUUGAGUAAAGUAUUGCCAGUCAUGAUUUACAGUACCAUCAUUAAGUUAUUUAGUUACCUCAUUAGACGAUACCCCAGCCUCAGAGCUGAUUUAUGAGAGACUGGAGAACAUGUCUCAACUGAUGUGUUUGACCUUUGAACCUCAGGCUGGAGCGGCUGCAGAGGAUUGUCAGUAAGGUCCAGAUGGAGUCUGGGGUGUGUGAGGAGCAGCUCAACCAGGUUGAGGGCUUGCUACAGAUGGUGAGUCUCACACCCUGCCGGGGCAGACAGUCACUAGCCAAUAUAGACUGUUUAAUGUACAAUCUGUGGCCCUACAGAUUUGUCACCACAAACCCAUGCUAGACUGAGUCUAGUUAAUGAUACAGUGAAUGAAUACCCCACAGUUAUGUGAGAUUGGAUGUGUUCAGAUGUUCAAAAGCAUUCUCAGGCUCAUGGACUAAUGCUAUAUUCAAGAUGGAACACAUGGUGUUAUAGAGUUUAUACUGUAUCUAUGUUCUAGGAUGUCCGUUUGCUGAGCUCAGGAAAGCCUGCUAUGCACACAGCAGAGGUAGAGACAGACCUGGACAAGGCUGAGGACAUGAUCCGGUACCUCUUCAACGACGUGCAGCUGCUGAAGGACGGACGCCAUCUACAAGCUGAACAGAUGUACCGCAGGUCAGAACAACCACUGAGUAAAACCAUUUUAGCGCCACGUCAAAAUAAAAUCACAUCCGCCGAAUACAACUGGUGUAGACUUUACCGUGAAAUGCUUGCUUACGAGCCCUUCCCAACGAUGCAGAGUUUAAAAAAUAAAUAAAAUAGUAACACAAGUGGAAUAAAAUAAAAGACAGGGAUAUAUACAGGAAGUACCAGUACCAGAUCAAUGUGCAGAGGUACGAGGUAUUUGAGGUAGAUAUGUACAUGAAGGCAGGGUAAAGUGACUAGGCAUCAGAAUAGAUAAUAAUAAUAAUAGCAGCAGCAACUCAUAACUGUAAAAGUGUGUGUGUUGGUAAUGUGUAUGUACAGUGGGGAAAAAAAAUUUAGUCAGCCACCAAUUGUGCAAUUUCUCCCACUUAAAAAGAUGAGAGAGGCCUGUAAUUUUCAUCAUAGGUACACGUCAACUAUGACAGACAAAUUGAGAAGAAAAAAAUCCCGAAAAUCACGUUGUAGGAUUUUUUAUGAAUUUAUUUGCAAAUUAUGGUGGAAAAUAAGUAUUUGGUCACCUACAAACAAGCAAGAUUUCUGGCUCUCACAGACCUGUAACUUCUUCUUUAAGAGGCUCCUCUGUCCUCCACUCGUUACCUGUAUUAAUGGCACCUGUUUGAACUUGUUAUCAGUAUAAAAGACACCUGUCCACAACCUCAAACAGUCACACUCCAAACUCCACUAUGGCCAAGACCAAAGAGCUGUCAAAGGACACCAGAAACAAAAUUGUAGACCUGCACCAGGCUGGGAAGACUGAAUAUGCAAUAGGUAAGCAGCUUGGUUUGAAGAAAUCAACUGUGGGAGCAAUUAUUAGGAAAUGGAAGACAUACAAGACCACUGAUAAUCUCCCUCGAUCUGGGGCUCCACGCAAGAUCUCACCCCGUGGGGUCAAAAUGAUCACAAGAACGGUGAGCAAAAAUCCCAGAACCACACGGGGGGACCUAGUGAAUGACCUGCAGAGAGCUGGGACCAAAGUAACAAAGCCUACCAUCAGUAACACACUAAGCCGCCAGGGACUCAAAUCCUGCAGUACCAGACGUGUCCCCCUGCUUAAGCCAGUACAUGUCCAGGCCCGUCUGAAGUUUGCUAGAGUGCAUUUGGAUGAUCCAGAAGAGGAUUGGGAGAAUGUCAUAUGGUCAGAUGAAACCAAAAUAGAACUUUUUGGUAAAAACUCAACUCGUCGUGUUUGGAGGACAAAGAAUGCUGAUUUGCAUCCAAAGAACACCAUACCUACUGUGAAGCAUGGAGGUGGAAACAUCAUGCUUUGGGGCUGUUUUUCUGCAAAGGGACCAGGACAACUGAUCCGUGUAAAGGAAAGAAUGAAUGGGGCCAUGUAUAGUGAGAUUUUGAGUGAAAACCUCCUUCCAUCAGCAAGGGCAUUGAAGAUGAAACGUGGCUGGGUCUUUCAGCAUGACAAUGAUCCCAAACACACCGCCCGGGCAACGAAGGAGUGGCUUCGUAAGAAGCAUUUCAAGGUCCUGGAGUGGCCUAGCCAGUCUCCAGAUCUCAACCCCAUAGAAAAUCUUUGGAGGGAGUUGAAAGUCCGUGUUGCCCAGCGACAGCCCCAAAACAUCACUGCUCUAGAGGAGAUCUGCAUGGAGGAAUGGGCCAAAAUACCAGCAACAGUGUGUGAAAACCUUGUGAAGACUUACAGAAAACGUUUGACCUGUGUCAUUGCCAACACAGGGUAUAUAACAAAGUAUUGAGAAACUUUGGUUAUUGACCAAAUACUUAUUUUCCACCAUAAUUUGCAAAUAAAUUCAUUAAAAAUCCUACAAUGUGAUUUUCUGGAUUUGUUUUCCUCAUUUUGUCUGUCAUAGUUGACGUGUACCUAUGAUGAAAAUUACAGGCCUCUCUCAUCUUUUUAAGUGGGAGAACUUGCACAAUUGGUGGCUGACUAAUUACUUUUUUUCCCCACUGUAAAUCCAAUUGAUUGAAAUACCUGUUUUGUUGUCAUUGAGCGAUUCGUCAUUGUUCCUCCUGUUUAACCUCCAGAGUGUACCGUCUCCACGAGCGGCUGGUGAACCAGCGCAGUGAGUACAACCUGAGCCUGAAGUCCGGAGUGACUACCACCCAGAUACCCAUGUCCCAGAUGCAGACCUUUCAGCAGGUACCCAUGAGGGUGUGUCCCGAGCGUGAUGAGGUGACCCUGCGCUACAUCCAGGACCUGCUGGCUUGGGUGGAGGAGAACCAGAGGUGGGUGGACCAGGGGGAAUGGGGCUCGGACCUGCCCACCGUGGAGUCCCAACUGGGCUGUCACCGCGGCCUGCACCAGUCAGUGGAGGAGUUCCAUGCUAAGAUCAACAGGGCAAAAGCAGACGAGGUACAGUGGGAAAAACUGGGGAAAGUUAGACUGAUUCAGUCAUACCAUCAUUGAUCCUCUUAUGGUUAAUGGCAAAAUGUAGUCUGACUGCUUCUUUUUUUAGCCAUGCUUCUUCUCUAAUCUUUUGUGUCCUUUUCUAUUCCCCUUCAGAGUCAGCUCUCCCCUAUCAGCAAAGGUGCCUACAUAGACUACUUAUCCAAGCUGGAGUUGCAUUAUGGCAAGCUUCUGGUAAGUUCUGUACUCAAAAUAUGAAUGUACAACUGCAACUUUUCAACAAUCUGCUAUUUAUCUAAUGCGUCUUCUCCAAUCUCCAAUCUCAUUGUUAUUCUUUUCUCCUCAGAGUUCUUCCAAAGCUCGCCUGUGCAGCCUGGACGGGCUUCAUGCCUUUGUCACUGCAGCCACCAAGGAGUUGAUGUGGCUGAAUGAGAAGGAGGAGGAGGAGGUUAACUAUGACUGGAGCGAACGCAACACCAACAUGAAUGCCAAGAAAGACAACUACUCGGUAUGGCUGUUCUCAUCCUCACCCAACCUGGAAAGUUCAACAUUAGCUAAAUAGAGUUAGGCAUAAUACGGAUCUUGUAGGGUAAAAGUAAAAGGUACUGCACUGUACAGAACAGUAGUACUCCCAUCUUUAAUUAGCUUUUGAUCAGAUUACAUUUAAUUAUUAUCUUGACAAUGAAAUGUAAUUUAUUAUGAUUAGGGAUGCACUUGCAUAUCUAGUAAUAUCCCCCUUAAUGCCAUAACACUGACUGUUUUCUUUGGUUUGUUUCAGUGGUUGAUGAAAGAGCUGGAGCACAGGGAGAAGAGGGUCAACAGUGUCCAGGUCCAAGGAGAGAAACUGUUGAAGGAGGGACACCCUGCCAAGAAGACUGUAGAGGUGAGAACACAAUCACUAGAGUUUAUAAGUUGUUGUAAUUUCCUGAAUAGUAUACGAACACACACAUUACAGCAGGGGUCGGUAACAGGCGGCCCAUAGGCCAAAACUGUCCCGCAAGUGAUUUAAUUUGGCACCGUAAAGUUUUUAGGAUUUUAAUUUUUGGUCAAAAAAGACUAAAAUCACCAGGAAUUCAGCUUAAAAAAUUAUAAUUUAGAAAAGAUGUUCCCAUGAAUAAAAAUAAAGAUUCGUGAUUGUGUCUCAAUGUAAUCAAGGUAUGAAAUAAUCAUGUUAUUUUCAAAUACAAUCUCUUUUUGGGCUUACUUGUGGUGAAUUUGCAGUGUUCAAAUUGUAUCAUUAUGUUCCGUGCCCCCUAACUAUCCGCUCGCACAAAAAUCAUCCCGCUGCUAAAUCUAGUUGCCUACCCCUGCAUUACAGUAUAUAUUUAACAUGGAUUUGUCUUUUACUUUGUAUUUUAUGUCUAAGAGCAAAGGAUAUGAGAAUAGCUGUUUUUUUAAAGCUAUUUUUUAAAAAGGCCAAUGGUUGUGUCUCACACCCAUUUCUCUCUCUCCCCACCAAAGGCCUUCACUGCAGCCUUGCAGACCCAGUGGAGCUGGAUCCUGCAGCUUUGCUGUUGCAUUGAGUCCCACCUGAAAGAGAACACCUCCUACUUCCAAGUAUGUCCAAUGAACAUAAAAAACGCUUCUUAAAAUACAUUGUCCUAUCUCUAAAACGGUUUGCGCUCCUCUUUUUCUACCCUUGUAGUUUUUCUCUGACGUGAAAGAGGCAGAGGAGAAGAUGAACAAGAUGCAGGAGACAAUGAAGAAGAAAUACACGUGCGACCGUAACGUCACUGUCACACGACUCGAGGACUUGUUACAGGACGCAGUUGUAGGUUGACUUAUUCUAGUUUCUUGAAGAAGUGAAGAGAAAAUUCAGCAACUCUGCUUCAGUGACAUUACUAAAGCAACAGCACCUGUCAUUGUCUGUUUUGUUAAAUAACCCUGUGGUGGUUCAUAUUUAGGAUGAGAAGGAGCAACUGAAAGAGUUUAAGACCCACUUGAAUGGUCUGAACCGGAGGGCCAAGACCAUUGUCCAGCUGAAGCCACGUAACCCUGCUACACCAGUCAAGGGCAAAGUGCCUGUCCAGGCCGUCUGCGACUUCAAACAGAUGGAGGUGAGAAGAUAUUAAUGUUCAUGUGACCAGCUUUCCAGUGGAGGAGCAAACACUCUUAGGCUACUACUUAGUAUAAGCGCAUGCGAUCAGAAUCUGUGGAAAUUUAGUGUUUAUUCAAAACAUAGAUUAGUGACACUUAAAAGUAGAUCUGUUGAUUUUAUUUCUCUAUUUAUCUUAUUAGUCAUGCUCGAAGGCCUGUCAUUAGAACUUGUCAGAUAUAGUACAACAUGGGUGAUCAUUUUGUGCCUCUUUCCAGAUCACAGUCCACAGAGGGGAUGAGUGUGCACUGAUAGACAACUCUCAGCCAUACAAGUGGAAAGUGCAGAACCCCAAAGGCAGCGAGGCCACUGUGCCUUCCAUCUGUUUCCUGGUUCCACCCACCAAUAAGGUCGCAGUGAGCUGCGUCUCAGGGUGAGGCAAGCAAUCAUCUCCUGGCCUUAAAACAAUAUGGCUAAAACCUUUGAUUUAGCCUUACCAUAAACAACAUGCAUAAAACCUUUGAUUUAGCCUUACCAUGAAACAAAAUGGCCAAAACCUUUGAUUUAGCCUUACCAUUAACUACAUUAGCCUGGUCCCAGAUCUGUUUGGGCUCUUGCCCACUCCAUUGUUGUUUGGCAUGACAAUUCCUUAAGGAGUUGGCAAGAGAGCAGAUACAGACUGGCUACCAGGCUAAAAUAACAUGGAUAAAACUUCUGAUUCAGCCCUUUGAUUUAACCUUUGUCAGACCUUUGAUGCCUCGUUAAGACGUUUGACCCCAGCACCUGUAUGGUUCACUAACCUCAAAUCUCCCCCACAGUCUGGACGCAAGUCACCAGAACCUGCUGGUCCUGUGGCAGAUGCUGCACGUGGACAUGAAGAGCCUCAUGUCCUGGCAGUACCUGAUGAGAGACAUCCACCUCAUCAGCUUAUGGAACAUCACCACGGUGAGCUCAUAGUUUCACACAUCGUGUGUCUCAAAUGGCACCCUAUUCUCUAUGUAGAGCACUACGGGCCCUGGUCAAAGGUAGUGCACUACAUAGGGAUUAGGGUGCCAUUUGAGACAUACAAACAGACCUUUUUGGAGAUAGUAGAUCAGUGAAUAAAGGACAUGUUUUUAGUCAUUAGAUGGUGUCUCUUGGUUGUAGAAUUGAAUAGCUAUACAAUUCCAAAGGUCCUGGAAUGGGGCGGAUUUCCGGAUGGAAUUCAGGCAAAGAGAAUAUAACACUCUUCCAAACCACGCUCACCCCUCCCUAUCAUUCUUCCCCAUCACUACAGUUUAAGACCCUGAGGGUGGAGGAGUACAGGCUAGCUUUGAGGAACCUGGAGCUCCACUACCAAGACUUUCUAAGAGACAGCCAGGACUCCCAGCUCUUUGGGGCAGAUGACCGCAUGCAGGUGGAGAGUGGCUACAAAAAGGCCAGCCAGCACUACGAAGGACUGCUGCACUCUGUGGAGAAAGGUGAGUGUCAGACAUCCGGGCAGGGAGAGGGCCUGUAUAGUACGAAAAGAAGCGUCCAAAGUUAUUUUUGAUGCACUUCGUUAUGCACACUUUGUUGCACACUUUGUUGCACACUUUGUUGCACACCUUAUGAGUUGUCGUUGCAUUUUCCGUUCAUGAGCAUCAUGAUUUCAAUAUUUGUUGUUGGAAAUGUUGAAAUUCAUCACAGCCAUUUGUCUACAAAUAGUGGUUAACUGACACACUCAGUGUAGAUCUUGGCUUGCAUUUUGACUCCCGAAAGUGAUCUUGACUCAGAAAAGGUUGGUGACAUCUGGUCUAUGUCAUGGAAAGAGCAGGUGUCCUUAAUGUUUUACACACUCAGUGUAUAGUUCGUUAUAUACUGAGAAAAUAACAAUAAUUGUGUGGGCAUAAAUAAUUAAUUCAUGAUCGAAAUAACCAAGAUCAAAAUCUGACUUUGUGCUAUUGUACCAUUACCGUGGUUGCAUCUCAAAUGGCACUCUGUUCCCUACAUAGUGCACUACUUUUGACCAGAGCCCUAUGAACCCUGGUCCAAAGUAGUGCCCUAUAUAAGGAAUAGGGUGCCAUUUGUGAUGCAGUCCAUGUAAGCAGAUAAUUGUAAGCCAAUAUAUGCUCUUUGUAUCAUUCAAUAUUAAUCAGCGAAAGAGCACUAUUUUAUGAUCUGGGAUUCUGAGCUGUAAAUUCAUCUUCUUAUACAUUCUGUUCAGGUGAGGAAGAAGAAUCUGAGUGCCGGAGCUACCUGACCAAGGUCAAGGACCUGCGUCUGAAGCUGGAGGGCUGUGAGACUCGCAUCGUCACACGUCUCCGACAGCCCGUGGACAAGAACCCGCUCAUGGCUUGCACCCAGAGGACCACUGAGCAGAAGGUACUGCAGUGACGUCACCCCUCUGUGACAUUGUUUUGUUUUGUUUAUUAGGAUCUCCAUUAGCUGUUGCACAUACAGCAGCUAGUCUUCCUGGGGUCGACACAAAACACAAAAUACAGUUCCUUCAGAAAGUGUUCAUAUCCCUUGACUUAUUCCACAUUUUGUUGUGUUACAGUCUGAAUUCAAAAUAGAUUAAAUAUAUGUUUUUCUCACACAUCUACACAAUACCCCAUAUUGACAAGGUGAAAACAUGUUUUCAUACAUUUUUGCAAAUUUCUUGAAAAUGAAAUAUAUAAAUAUCUCAUUUACGUAAGUAUUCACACCCCUGAGUCAAUACUUUGUAGAAGCACCUUUGGCGGUGAUUACAGCUGUGAGUCUUUUUGCGUAAGUCUCUAAGAGCUUUGCACACCUGGAUUGUACAAUAUUUGCACAUUAGUUGUUGAUCAUUGCUAGACAACCAUUUUCAAGUCUUGCCAUAGAUUUUCAAGCCGAUUUAAGUCAAAACUGUAACUAGGCCACUCAGGGACAUUCAAUGUCGUCUUGGUAAGCAAUUCCAGUGUAGAUUUGGCCUUGUGUUUUAGGAUAUUAUCCUGCUGAAAAGUGAAUUUGUCUGUUGGAAACCAGACUGAAUCAGGUUUUCCUCUAGGAUUUUGCCUGUGUUUAUAGCUGUAUUCUGUUUCUUUUUAUCCUAAAAAACUCCCUAGUCCUGGCUGAUGACAAGCAUACCCAUAACAUAAUGCAGCCACCACCAUGCUUGAAAAUAUGAAGAGUGGUGCUCAGUGAUGUGUUGUGUUGGAUUUGCCUCAAACAUAGCACUUUAUAUUCAGGACAAAAAGUUCAUUUCUUUGCCACAUUUUUUGCAGUAUUACUAAAGUGCCUUGUUGCAAACAGGAUGCAUAUAUGCAUAUAUUCUGGACAAGCUUCUUUCUUUUCACUCUUGUCAAUUAUGUUAGUAUUGUGGAGUAAAUACAAUGUUGAUCCAUCCUCAGUUUUCUGAUAUCACAACCAUUACAUUCUGUAACUGUUUUAAAAUCACCAUUGGCCUCAUGGUGAAAUCCCUGAACAGUUUCCUCUCCGGCAACUGAGUUAGGAAGGACACCUGUAUCUUUGUAGUGACUGGGUGUGCUGAUACGCCAUCCAAAGUGUAAUUAAUAACUUCACCAUGCUCAAAGGGAUAUUCAGCGUCUGUGUUUGUUUAGUUUUUUUACACAUCUACCAAUCAGUGCCCUUCUUUGCGAGGCAUUGAAAAACCUUGUUCGUCUUUGUGGUCGAAUCUGUGCUUGAAAGUCACUACUCGAUUGAGAGACAUUACAGAUAAUUGUAUGUGUGGGGUACAGAGAUGGGGUAGUACUUCAAAAAUCAUGUUAACCACUAUUAUUGAACUCAGAAUGAGUCCAUGCAAUUUAUUAUGCAAUUUGUUAAGCAAAUUUAACUCCUGAACUUAUUUAGGCUUGCCAAUUACAAAGGGGUUGAAUACUUAUUGACUCAAGACAUUUCAGCUUAAAAAAUGGUAUUCAUUUCAAAAAUGUAAUACAAACAAAAUUCCACUUUGACAUUAUGAGUUUUAGGGCAUUUCACUAUGGGUCUAACGGCAAUGGAGGAAGAGACAUUUGCUGGUUUGGCUGUUUCUCAACCAAGACUCAAACAAAUCAGUAUCUACUGAAAGAGUAAGUACACCCCCUGGAAAGUUGUCUCUUUUUUUUGUACAUAUUUGGACAGAUGGAUAUGUAAUCUUCACUUCAACACUAUUGACAGAUAAAGGUGACUUAAUUUAACAAAUUACACUGAAAUAUUGUACUUUGCAAUCAUUUAUUCAUCAGAAAUCAACAGAAAUGCAAUUCCAUAGUGCGGAAAAAAUCUCCAAUAGCUGGUGUUGCCCCCUUUGGCUGAAAUAACUUAAUGUAGCUGUCUAUCAGUCUCUUACAUUGACUGGGAGGAAUUUUUGCCCAAUCUUCUUUACAGUACUGCUUCAACUGUGUCAUGUUCGAGGGCCUUCUUGCAUUCAAGUCCCCCCACAGCAUUUCGACAGGAUUGAGAUCUGGGCUUUGACUCGGCCAUUCCAUAACCCUCCAUUUCUUCUUUUUGAGCCAUUCUGUUGUAGCUUUGCUUGUGUGUUUUGGAUCAUUGUCCUGUUGCAAGAGCCAUCUUCGGUUCAGCUUCAGCUUUUUGACAGAUGGCCUCACGUUCUCCUCAAGAAUUCUCUGGUACAAUAUGGAAUUCAUGGUUGACUCAAUGAUGGCAAGUUGUCCCUGAGGCAGCAAAGCAGCCCCAAACCAUAAUACCACCGCCUCCAUGCUUUACAGUUAGUAUGAGGUUCUUCUGUUCAAAGGCAGUGUUUCGUGUUCGCCAAACAUGGCAUCUGGCAUUGCGGCCAAACAACUCCACCUUUGACUCAUCUGUCCAGAGCACAUUGUUCCAGUAGUUUUGGUCUUUACCCAGGUGUUGUCUGGCAAACGUCAGUCAUAUCUUGAUAUUAUUCAAUGAGAGCAGAGGCUACUUCCUUCCUGACCUCCCAUGUAGGCCAAGUUUGUGCAGUCUCUUUCUGACAGUUGACUCAUGCACUUUGACAUAGAUUGUGGCAAGAGGGCCUGUAAAUCCCUUGAUGUUACCCUGUGGUUCUUAGAAACUUAUAUGAGCAUCUUUCGGUCAGCUCUUGGGCUGAAUUUAGUGGGACUGCCUGUCCUAGGUAGAUUGCCAGUGGUCUGGAAUUUUCUCCAUUUAUAGAUGAUCCGUAGGACAGUGGAAUUAUGUACUUCGAAUUGCUUGGAAAUUGAUUUGUAACCCCUCCCAGACUCAUGGGCAUCAAUAAUCUUUCUUCUGAGGGCCUCAGGAAGGUAUUUUGAUCUUGGCAUGAUGUGUUACCACACACCCAUAUGGUUAAGACCUAACCAGACCAAGUUUCUAAUCUUUAUGGAAGGCUGGAUCCUCGCAAGUUACUCUCUAAUGAUUUUCUAAUCAUUUGCACCUGUUUUGGUGCACCUGAUUCAAAUGUUUGCCAUUUUAUGUAAUGGUAAAGGUAGGGGUGUACUAACAUUGUUUGCGUAAGGAAAUUGCAUUUUUGUUUAUUUUAUUUGCAUAACAUUUUCAAAGUAAAAACAUGUUUUGUGUGAUUUGUUAAAUUGGGUUACUUUUAUCAAUGAAUGUGCUUGGAAUUUCGCUCAAAUAUCCAUGUGUCCAAAUAUGUAAAAUAAAAAAAUAAAAAAUAUGUCACACCCUGGCUCUGGGGACUCUAUAUUUUGAGCCAGGGUGUGUAGUUUCUAUGUGUUUGUGUUUCUAUGUCGUGUUCUAGUAUUGUAUUUCUAUGUUGGCCAGUGUGGUUCUCAAUCAGAGGCAACGAGUGUCAGCUGUGGCUGGUUGUCUCUGAUUGGGAACCAUAUUUAAACAGUCUGUUUUCCAUUCGUUUUUGUGGGAUCUUGUUUCCGUUUGGUUUGUUCCUUGUUGGUUAUGUUAAACCGUAGGACUGCACGUUUCGUUUUGUUGUUUUGUUGUUCUUAUUAUCACUGAAGAUAAUAAAGAUUAAAUAUGUUCGUUCAUCACGCUGCGCCUUGGUCUACUCCAUACGACGAUCGUGACAGAAGAUCCCACCACUCCAGGACCAAGCAGCGUGUCCAGGAGCAGGCAGACUGGAUAUGGGAGGAAGCGCCGGGAAAGGAGCUGGAGAGGUUGGCGAUGGCCCAGGUGGGCAAAGUAUGGUCCUGGGAGGACAUGCUCGGGGGGAAAAGGGCCAUGGGCUAGGAUUAAGGCCCUGGCGAGAGAGGAGCAACGGCGUCAACAGUGCCAAAAAAUUUUUAGGGGGGGGGCACACGGCAUGGGCGGCUGGGCAGCAGGAGGCUGCCACAGGGCGAUUUGGGAGAUUUGGAGAGGAGGCCACCGGGUUUGGGGGGCCAGAAGGCAGGUUGGCGGAGCCUGGAUGGAGAGCAGAGCCAACUCCCCGUACUCAGGCAUGGCAGCAUGGGACUGGGCAGGUUCCGCGGUAUGCGGAGUUGCGUACUGUGCCACGAGUGGUCCGGCAUAGUCCGGUACGUCCUGUGCGAGCACCCAGCACGUGUCGUGCGAAGGUGGGCAUGCAGCCAGGACGGAGUGUGCCGGCUCAGCGCUCGUGGUCUCCAGUGCCUCUCCUCAGUCCCGGAUAUCCUGCGCCAGUGUCACGUGCUGUUAUGCCAGUACGGGUACACAGCCCUGUACGUCCUGUGCGGAUGCCUCACACAGAGUGUGUGAAGGUAGGCAUUCAGCCAGGACGGGUUGUGGCAGCUCUUCACUCCAGGUCUCCUAUCCGUCUCCACAGCCCGGCCUGUUCCUGCUCCUCGCACCAAGCCUCCGGUGCGCAUCGCCAGCCCAGCCCGGCCUGUUCCUGCCCCUCGCACCAAGCCUACGGUGCGCAUCGCCAGCCCAGCCCGGCCUGUUCCUGCCCCUCGCACCAAGCCUACGGUGCGCAUCGCCAGCCCGGCCCGGCCUGUUCCUGCCACUCGCACCAAGCCUACGGUGCGCGUCUCCAGCCCGGCCCGGCCUGUUCCUGCCACUCGCACCAAGCCUACGGUGCGCAUCUCCAGCCCGGCCCGGCCUGUUCCUGCUACUCGCACCAAGCCUACGGUGCGCGUCGCCAGCCCGGCCCGGCCUGUUCCUGCUACUCGCACCAAGCCUACGGUGCGCGUCGCCAGCCUGGCCCGGCCUGUUCCUGCCACUCGCACCAAGCCAGGGGUGCGAGUCGUCAGCCUGGUAAGGCCCGUUCCUGCUCCACGCACCAAGCCAGGGGUGCGUAUCGUCAGCCCGGUCCGGCCCGUUGCUGCUCCACGCACCAAGCCAGGGGUGCGCAUCGUCAGCCCGGUCCGGUCCGUUCCUGCUCCACGCACCAAGCCAGGGGUGCGUAUCGUCAGCCCGGUCCGGCCCGUUGCUGCUCCACGCACCAAGCCAGGGGUGCGCAUCGUCAGCCCGGUCCGGUCCGUUCCUGCUCCACGCACCAAGCCAGGGGUGCGCGUCGUCAGUCCGGCACAACCCGUGCCUGGGUCACCGGUGCCUGAUCAGGUACCGGUCAGCGGCUCCACAACGGAGCUUAAGCAAUCCGCUCCAUCGAUGUCCAGUCCAGCUCCAGCCAGCGGGGCCAGACCGGACCAGGGGCGCUACGGGGGGAUUAUUGAAGGGUGGUGGUCAAGCCCGGAGCCGGAACCGCCUCCGAGGAGGAAUGCCCACCCAGCCCUCCCCUGUUUGGGUUUUGUUGAGGCGCGGUCGCAGUCCGCGCCUUUGGGGGGGGGGGUACUGUCACACCCUGGCUCUGGGGACUCUAUAUUUUGAGCCAGGGUGUGUAGUUUCUAUGUGUUUGUGUUUCUAUGUCGUGUUCUAGUAUUGUAUUUCUAUGUUGGCCAGUGUGGUUGUCAAUCAGAGGCAACGAGUGUCAGCUGUGGCUGGUUGUCUCUGAUUGGGAACCAUAUUUAAACAGUCUGUUUUCCAUUCGUGUUUGUGGGAUCUUGUUUCUGUUUGGUUUGUUCCUUGUUGGUUAUGUUAAACCGUAGGACUGCACGUUUCGUUUUGUUGUUCUUAUUAUCACUGAAGAUAAUAAAGAUUAAAUAUGUUCGUUCAUCACGCUGCGCCUUGGUCUACUCCAUAAGACGAUCGUGACAAAAUACCACUUUCCAGGGGGUGUACUUACUUACUUUUUCACAACUGUAUGUAAUUUAGACUCAGGGGUCACCAGGCCACUGCAAUGGUUACCGUAAAUCACACAUCCAAUCCCAAAAUAAACAGACUGAAGUUAAUGGUAGAUCUGUAAUGAAUUGUCAGCCCAAAAUAGAUAACAUGCUUAUUUGAAACAGAGCCGGGCCACAUUCAGCAAGGGGUUAUUGUUUAGGAAACUAUUUAAAGUUCCCUUGUGUCAAGUAAAUUGAGUUAGACAGUAGAAGGGCAAACUAACGUUUUUAGAUCAGACAUGCUGUUUAGUAUGUUCCGUCUGCUCGUUUCUCAUCGUAAGAAGUUUCAGAAGACCUUUGUAUUCCUAUUUCACUUCACGGUAUGCUGCUGGUUGGCUUGUUAGCAACUCCAUGAAAAAAAGACUGCAGGUGGAAUGUCUAGUUAUGGUUCAUUAUUCCCUUUUCUCCUCAUAGAAAGUCCAGUCAGAGUUGGAGGGCUUGAAGAAAGACCUGACCGUUGUGGCUGAGAAGACAGAGGAGGUGCUGACAUCCCCUCAGCAGUCCAGCUCUGCCCCAGUACUGUGCUCUGAGCUGGACAUUACGCUGAAGAAGAUGGAGCACAUCUACAGCCUGUCCUCCGUGUACCUGGACAAGUGAGUCCCUCGCUGACUCUGAUUGUUACGACAUGCAUAUCAAAACCAUACGACCAAUAAGUAACAUCUUCAAUCUAAAUAGUAUAUCUGAAUCAUAAUACACACACAGCUAACACUAUACACCACUCCUUGUUUAGACUGAAGACCAUCGACAUAGUCAUCCGCAGCACAAAGGGAGCAGAGGACACUCUCAAAAAGUACGAAGCCCGUUUACGUGAUGUCAACAAGAUGCCAACAGACGAAAAAGAGGUGGAGAACUACUGCACCCAGCUAAAGGUACAGUAUCUCUGUUAGAAUUCACUGUAUUCUAUCCGUUGGUGGGUAGACAAUGCUUUCAUAUGGACUGGUUAUCAGACAGUGACUUAAUGAUUUCUAUGCAUUUGUAGCGAUGUUUCUUGCUCUCUCUCUCCCUCUCUCUCUAUAUCUCUCUUUCUCUCUUUCUACUCUCCCUCUUGCUCUUUUUCUCUAACUCUCUAUCACUCGCUCUCGCUUGCUCUCCCUCUCUCUUUUUCUCUCUCUCUCUUUCUCUCCCUCUCUCUCUCUCUGGUAGAGAAUGCGUGGCGAGGCCGAGGAUGACCAGAAGACGUUCGACACUCUCCAGGAGGAACUGCAGAAGGCGAUGGCCAUAAACGAGCGGAUGACGCAGGUACACAGCGAGCACGACGCCGAGCUGGAGCACUACCGGCAAGUAGUGGCCGUGCUGGAGGAGCGCUGGCAGGCCGCGUUCGCCCAGAUAGACCUGCGCCAAUGCGAGCUGGACUUGGUGGGGAGGCAGAUGAGCUCCUACCGCGAGAGCUAUGACUGGCUCAUCAGAUGGCUCAGUGAUGCCAAGCAGAGGCAGGAGAAAAUCCAGGCCGUGCCCAUCGGUGACAUUAAGGCCCUCAAGCAGCAAUUGGCACAAGAGAAGGUACUAUACAACUAAUAAUAAGAAUAAUUGAAUGGAUUUACAGUGGGGGAAAAAAGUAUUUAGUCAGCCACCAAUUGUGCAAGUUCUCCCACUUAAAAAGAUGAGAGAGGUCUGUAAUUUUCAUCAUAGGUACACGUCAACUAUGACAGACAAAUUGAGAAGAAAAAAAUCCAGAAAAUCACAUUGUAGGAUUUUUAAUGAAUUUAUUUGCAAAUUAUGGUGGAAAAUAAGUAUUUGGUCACCUACAAACAAGCAAGAUUUCUGGCUCUCACAGACCUGUAACUUCUUCUUUAAGAGGCUCCUCUGUCCUCCACUCGUUACCUGUAUUAAUGGCACCUGUUUGAACUUGUUAUCAGUAUAAAAGACACCUGUCCACAACCUCAAACAGUCACACUCCAAACUCCACUAUGGCCAAGACCAAAGAGUUGUCAAAGGACACCAGAAACAAAAUUGUAGACCUGCACCAGGCUGGGAAGACUGAAUCUGCAAUAGGUAAGCAGCUUGGUUUGAAGAAAUCAACUGUGGGAGCAAUUAUUAGGAAAUGGAAGACAUACAAGACCACUGAUAAUCUCCCUCGAUCUGGGGCUCCAUGCAAGAUCUCACCCCGUGGGGUCAAAAUGAUCACAAGAACGGUGAGCAAAAAUCCCAGAACCACACGGGGGGACCUAGUGAAUGACCUGCAGAGAGCUGGGACCAAAGUAACAAAGCCUACCAUCAGUAACACACUACGCCGCCAGGGACUCAAAUCCUGCAGUGCAAGACGUGUCCCCCUGCUUAAGCCAGUACAUGUCCAGGCCCGUCUGAAGUUUGCUAGAGUGCAUUUGGAUGAUCCAGAAGAGGAUUGAAACCAAAAUAUAACUUUUUGGUAAAAACUCAACUCGUCGUGUUUGGAGGACAAAGAAUGCUGAGUUGCAUCCAAAGAACACCAUACCUACUGUGAAGCAUGGAGGUGGAAACAUCAUGCUUUGGGGCUGUUUUUCUGCAAAGGGACCAGGACGACUGAUCCGUGUAAAGGAAAGAAUGAAUGGGGCCAUGUAUCGUGAGAUUUUGAGUGAAAACCUCCUUCCAUCAGCAAGGGCAUUGAAGAUGAAACGUGGCUGGGUCUUUCAGCAUGACAAUGAUCCCAAACACAGCGCCCGGGCAAGGAAGGAGUGGCUUCGUAAGAAGCAUUUCAAGGUCCUGGAGUGGCCUAGCCAGUCUCCAGAUCUCAACCCCAUAGAAAAUCUUUGGAGGGAGUUGAAAGUCCGUGUUGCCCAGCGACAGCCCCAAAACAUCACUGCUCUAGAGGAGAUCUGCAUGGAGGAAUGGGCCAAAAUACCAGCAACAGUGUGUGAAAACCUUGUGAAGACUUACAGAAAACGUUUGACCUGUGUCAUUGCCAACAAAGGGUAUAUAACAAAGUAUUGAGAAACUUUUGUUAUUGACCAAAUACUUAUUUUCCACCAUAAUUUGCAAAUAAAUUCAUUAAAAAUCUGGAAUUUUUUCCCUCAUUUUGUCUGUCAUAGUUGACGUGUACCUAUGAUGAAAAUUACAGGCCUCUCUCAUCUUUUUAAGUGGGAGAACUUGCACAAUUGGUGGCUGACUAAAUACAUUUUUUCCCCACUGUAUAUAGUGCUUUUCUACCUAGGUGCUCAAAGCAUUUGACAUAGUAACAGGGAAAACACCUAAUCCACCACCGAUGUGAGGCACCCAGGACUAGGUAUCAGGAGGCUUCCAUUACAAAUAGAGGAGAUGAAGCUUCUUAGCUUGAUGAUGGAGUGUAAUGUUACAGUUUUGUCAGUGUUACAAUCUUUUAUCAUUGCAGAAACUCCUAGAAGAGAUCGAGAAGAACAAAGACAAGGUUGAGGAGUGUCAAAAACAUGCAAGGGCAUAUAUUGAUGCGGUCAAGGUGCGUAUGCAGAUCGAAUGUCACUUAAAACAAGAUGAUGCAUAUGGAGAUUUAUUGCAUUGAUAAUAUUUUAUAUUAUGUCCAUGUGUUUUCCCCAGGACUAUGAGCUUCAGGUAGUGACGUACAAAGCUCUGAUUGAGCCCCUGGCUUCGCCCUUAAAGAAAACCAAAAUGGAGUGUGCAUCUGACAAUAUCAUCCAAGAGGUAGGUCAUAUAGACAUGAUGGGGAAUGUAUUUAAUACUAUUUUACAGCUGCAGUAGCUUUAAAGUUGUUUACAAUUACAGUGAGCUCCAAAAGUAUUGGUACAGUGAUACAUUUUUAGAAAUUAUACAAUGACUAUGAGAUACAGGUGCAGACUGACAGCUUUAAAAUUAGGGUAUUUUCAUCCAUAUCGGGUGAACCGUUUAGAAAUGACAGCACUUUCUGUACAUAGUCCCCCCAUUUUAGGGAACCAACGGUAUUGGGACAAAUUAUAUGUGCAUUAAAGUAAUCCAAAAUGUAGUAUUUGGCCCCAUAUUCCUAGCACGCAAUGAUUACAUCAAGCUUGUGACACUACAAAUUGUUGGAUGCAUUCGCUGUUUGUUUUGGUUGUGUUUCGGAUGUAAAUAAUGUAUUGUGUCAUUUUGGAGUCACUUUUAUUGUAAAUAAGAAAAAUAAUGUUUCUAAACACUUCUACAUUAAUGUGGAUGCUACCAUGAUUAUGGAUAAUCCUGAAUGAAUCGUGAAUAAUGAUGAGUGAGAAAGUUACAGAGGCAUAAAUAUCAUACACCCCAAAAAUGCUAACUUCCCCUGUUAUUGUUAUGGUGAGAGGCUAGCAAGUCUUGGGGGUAUGAUAUUUGUGCGUCUGUAACUUUCUCACUCAUCAUUAUUCACGAUUCAUUGUCUUUCAGUAUGUGACUCUGAGAACCCGAUUCAUUGUCUUUCAGUAUGUGACUCUGAGAACCCGCUACAGUGAAUUGAUGACUCUGACCAGCCAGUACAUCAAGUUUAUUACGGAGACACAGCGCCGGCUUGAGGACGAGGAGGUAAUUGAGGGACACAUUGAAGACAGGCAGCAGCUCCCUGCUCAGCCACUAACCAUAACAACAAUAUCCUGGUCCAAGAUCUGUUUGUGCUAUCAUUUCAACACUUUUCCAUGCCAAACAUUUUGUUUGGCAUGUCAAGGAGUGGUAUGAUGGCACAAACAGACUUGCAUACCCAGGCUAUAACAACAUUGACUAUAAACACUCUUUAUGGAAAAUCAUAUAUAUCCUUGUCAGUAUACAGUGCCUUGCAAAAGUAUUCAUCCCCCUUGGCGUUUUUCCUAUUUUGUUGCAUUACAACCUGUAAUUUAAAUGUAUUUUUAUUUGGAUUUCGUGUAAUGGACAUACACAAAAUUGUCCAAAUUGGUGAAGUGAAAUGAAAAAAAUAACUUGUUUCAAAUCAUUCUAAAAAAUGAAUAACGGAAAAGUGGUGCGUGCAUAUGUAUUCACCCCCUUUGCUAUGAAGUCCCUAAAUAAGAUCUGUUGCAACCAAUUACCUUCAGAAGUCACAUAAUUAUUUAAAUAAAAUCCACCUGUGUGCAAUCUAAGUGUCACAUGAUCUGUCACAUGAUUUCAGUAUAUAUACACCUGUUCUGAAUGGCCCCAGAGUCUGCAACAUCACUAAACAAGCGGCACCACCAAGCAAGCGGCACUAUGAAGACCAAGUAGCUCUCCAAACAGGUCAGGGACAAAGUUGUGGAGAAGUACAGAUCAGGAUUGGAUAAUAAAAAAAAUCUGAAACUUUGAACAUCCCACAGAGCACCAUUUAAAUCCAUUAUUUAAAAAAAGGAAAGAAUAUGGCACCACAACAAACCUGCCAAGAGAGGGCCGCCCACCAAAACUCACGGACCAGGCAAGGAGGGCAUUAAUCAGAGAGGCAACAAAGAGACUAAAGAUAACCCUGAAGGAGCUGCAAAUCUCCACAGCGGAGAUUGGAGUAUCUGUCCAUAGGACCACUUUAAGCCGUACACUCCACAGAGCUGGGCUUUACAGAAGAGUGGCCAGAAAAAAGCCAUUGCUUAAAGAAAAAAAUAAGCAAACACAUUUGGUGUUCGCCAAAAGGCAUGUGGGAGACUCCCCAAACAUAUGGAAGAAGGUACUCUGGUCAGAUGAGAAUAAAAUUGAGCUUUUUGGCCAUCAAGGAAAAUGCUAUGUCUGGCGCAAACCCAACACCUCUCAUCACCACGAGAACACCAUCCCCACAGUGAAGCAUGGUGGUGGCAGCAUCAUGCUGUGGGGAUGUUUUUAAUCGGCAGGAACUGGAAACUGGUCAGAAUUGAAGGAAUGAUGGAUGGCGCUAAAUACAGGGAAAUUCUUGAAGGAAACCUGUUUCAGUCUUCCAGAGAUUUGAGACUGUGUCGGAGGUUCACCUUCCAGCAGGACAAUGACCCUAAGCAUGCUGUUAAAGCAACACUCAAGUGGUUUAAGGGGAAACAUUUAAAUGUCUUGGAAUGGACUAAUCAAAGCCCAUACCUCAAUCUAGUUGAGAAUCUGUGGUAUGACUUAAAGAUUGCUGUACACCAGCGGAACCCAUCCAACUUGAAGGAGCUGGAGCAGUUUUGCCUUGAAGAAUGGGCAAAAAUCCCAGUGGCUAGAUGUGCCAAACUUAUAGAGACAUACCCCAAGAGACCUGCAGCUGUAAGUUUUUUUUUUUUUUUUGUCUUAUUUCUUGUUUGUUUCACAAGGAAAAAUAUUUUGCAUCUUCAAAGUGGUAGGCAUGUUGUGUAAAUCAAAUGAUACAAACCCCCCAAAAAUCAAUUUUAAUUCCAGGUUGUAAGGCAACAAAAUAGGAAAAAUCCUAAGGGGGUUGAAUACUUUCGCAAGCCACUGUAUAUGAAACGGUUUCAGAAUGUUGGCAUUUCUAAAAGAGUCUGGGACUUUUUUAAAGGAUCAACAUAUUUUUUGCUGUUGGGGUCUAUGAGGAAAUUAAUUACAUUAAUACAGUCAUUUAAAUGCUGGUGCCGCAUCACCUCCCAUUUCCCAACAGUAUCUGUCUCUCAUUCCCCAUAUACUGUGGUGCAUGGAUGUAUAAUCAGUCUCUAAAUUACACUUGCAAGUUACUUUUGCUACAGUUUCCCCUCAAGUCUAUAGCAAACAUAAGGUUCCCAUUGAAACCCAGUCUUUUUCUUCUGCAAUUUAAUUUGUUAUUUCACCCUUCAAACAAAAUAUUUCUGCACACUCCUUUUCCUCUGAUAUGGUGAUUAGGACUCUGCAGUCUGACUAACGACCACUUCAGAAUUAUCCUAUCAAAUGACCAGUUUUGUUUUCCCCUUUCUUUUCUAACCUUGCCAGUGCUUUGUCAUGAUGAAUAUUAAUCAUGUUUAGGCACUUAAAAUGUGAAUAAUCCACAAAGCACCAGGUAUUUGAAUAAAUCCCCUCUCAACAUAUCACUCCACUUACAUCAUUAGUCUUCUACAGUAAGUCCCUGUUAUCAUUAGGCAUCUAUGUUUCAUUCACACCAGUGAACCAACAUGACAUGAACAUUCAACGAUACUUCCCAAAUAUACAUCCCCAUGUUUGGACCUUGUCUAAGUGUAAAAUGUCCCUCUUAUAAUUGAAAGAAUAUAUCUUACACAAUAUCUUGCAUAAAAGUAGGAUUAGAUUCUGCACGUAUUUAUUUAUUUAUUUUGUCUCAUAGGGUAAAUGACAGUAAUCGGAAUUGGCUUGCUUACAUACAGUAGCUUUGACAUUUUACGAACUUCUGUACAUGGCUGUAUAGGUGCUCAGAAGUUUGCCUAAAAAUAGAAAAGUACUGAUCAACUCAACUCUAUGGGUAAUACACUUUGCAUGGUCUUUGCACAUUAUUAUUUCUCUGCUUCUGUCCUUUCAAGUUUAUUUCCAAUUUUAAAACAUGGUGGAUUGAAUUUGUAGAAGGUAAAAGAUAAUACAAUCUUAGUCCAAGGUAAAGUUGAAGAGUAGUAGCCAAGUUAGUACAUUGAAAAGUGUUCUUUGAUUCUUAUUUGAUCUUAGUAAAGAAAGAUGAAAUGGUUACUUCAAAAGACAUCAAGGAAAAAUACCCCCACUGCAUUAUGUCAUUCAAGAUCCCAAUAGUGUUGUGUUGCAAUGUUAAGUCGAAUUAUGUGUGCCAUACAUUAAGUAAAUGUGAAAAUACAUUAGGUUAUUUUCCCGAAGCAAUUAACAAACAUUUCUCUCCCUAGAUAACACAUAUUUAUUCAUUUGAAAUAACUUUUUGUUAUUUCACAUCUACAGUGGGGUCCGUAUUGACAACAAUGAUAAAGAUUAGCAAAAAUGACUGUAUAAAAUACAUUUCUAUAUUGUAUGCUCAAAAACAUUGGAACUUUUCUAGCAUGCAUUCGGAAAGUAUUCAGACCCCUUCACUUUUUCCACAUUUUGUUAAGUUACAGCCUUAUUCUAAAAUUGAUUAAAUUGUUUGUUUUCCUCAUCAAUUUACACACAAUACCCCAUAAUGACAAAGUUUAAACAGGUUUUCAGAAAUGUUUGCGAAUGUAUACAAAUAAAAAUAUAUCACAUUUACAUAAGUAUUCAGACCCUUUACUCAGUACUUUGUUGAAGCACCUUUGGCAGCGAUUACAGCCUUGAGUCUUAUUGGUUAUGAUGCUACAAGCUUGGCACACCUGUAUUUGGGGAGUUUAUCCCAUUCUUCUCUGCAGAUCCUCUCAAGCUCUGUCAGGUUGGAUGGGGAGCGUCGCUGCACAGCUAUUUUUAGGUCUCUUCAGAGAUGUCCGAUUGGGUUCAAUUCCGGGCUCUGGCUGGGCCACUCAAGGACAUUCAAAGACUUGUCCCGAAGCCACUCCUGCAUUGUCUUGGCUGUGUGCUUAGGGUUGUUGUCCUGUUGGAAGGUGAACCUUUUCCCUAGUCUGAGGUCCUGAGCGCUCUGGAGCAGGUUUUCAUCAAGGAUCUCUCUGUACUUUGCUCUGUUCAUCUUUCCCUUGAUCCUGACUAGUCUCCCAGUCCCUGCCACUGAAAAACUUCCCCACAGCAUGAUGCUGUCACCACCAUGCUUCACCGUAGGGAUGAAAUUGGCCAGGUGAUAAGCUGUGCCUGGUUUCCUCCAAACGUGAAGGUUGGCAUUCAGGCCAAAGAGUUCAAUCUUGGUUUCAUCACACCAGAGAAUCUUGUUUCUCAUGGUCUAAGAGUCAUUUAGGUGUGUUAUGACUUCCGCCGAGGCUGCCUUGCCUCCUUGUUCGGGCAGGUUUCGGCGUUCGGCGUCACCGCCUUACUAGCUACUGCCGAUCCAUUUAUCAUCAUUCCAUUUGUCUUCAAUCACACACACCUGGUCCUUAUUCCCUCAUUAGUCAUUGUAUAAGUGUUCCCUCUGCUUCCUUGUCUGUGUGGGUGAUUGUUAUUUGUGGAGGUUAGUGAAGCUCGUUGGAGCUCGUCUAUUUUGUGUCGACGGGAGAUUUCCCGAGUGCCUUGUAUUUUCCAGUGCAUUUCUGCGUAAACCUGUAUUUUUGCGGAUUAAAGCCUUUGUUUCUGUGAUUUACCCUCCUGCGCCUGACUCCUUCCACACCACCUCAUCACAAGGUGCCUUUUGUCAAACUCCAAGCAGGCUGUCAUGUGCCUUUUACUGAGGAGUGGCUUCCAUCUGUCCACUCUACCAUAAAGGCCUGAUUGGGGAGUGCUGCAGAGAUGGUUGUCCUUCUGGAAGGUUCUCCCAUCUCCACAGAGGAACUCUGGAGCUCUGUCAGAGUGCCUAUCGGGUUCUUGGUCACCUCCCUGACCAAGGCCCUUCUCCCCUGUUUGCUCAGUUUGGCCAGGCGGCCAGCCUUAGGAAGAGUCUUGGUGGUUCCAAACUUCUUCCAUUUAAGAAUGAUGGCCACUGUGUUUUGGUACCCUUCCCCAGAUCUGUGCCUCGACACAAUCCUGUCUCGGAGCUCUACGGACAAUUCCUUUGACCUAAUGACUUGGUUUUUGUUCUGACAUGCACUGUCAACUGUGGGACCGUAUAUAGACAGGUGUGUUCCUUUCCAAAUCAUGUCCAUUCAAUUGAAUUUACUACAGGUGGACUCCAAUCAAGUUGUAGAAACAUCUCAAGGAUGAUCAAUGGAAACAGGAUGCACCUGUGCUCAAUUUCGAGUCUUAUAGCAAAGGGUCUGAACAUGUAUGUAAAUAUGGUAUUUCUGUUUUUUUUAUUUGUAAUAGAUUCGCAAACAUUUCUAAAAACCUGUUUUCGCUUUGUCAUUAUGGGGUAUUGUGUGUAGAUUUACAGUUUUUUCAUUUAUUUAAUCAACUUUAGAAUAAGGCUGUAACGUAACAAUGUUGAAAAUGUCAACAGGUAUGAAUACUUUCCGAAUGCACUGUAACUAUCAGUUUUUUAAUUAUUUAUUUUAUUCAGUCAUUUUUGCUCAUGUUUAUCAAGGUUGUCAAUCAUUUUGGACCCAACUGUAUGUGUACCUACAUGUACUUUUUUUAAAAACUUUUUUGAGUACUUCAAACAACUCAAACAUUUAUAUUCUAACACUGUAAUACAUUGUUUUCCCCUUUUCUGUUUGCUUCCACUAAUACAGACAGCUACUGAAAUACUAAAGAAGGAGGAGAGAAAAAAGUUGUCUGAGAUGCAGGCUGAAUUAGACAAACAAAGGCAGUUAGCUGAGGCACACGCCAAAGCUAUCACUAAAGCGGAACAAGAAGCCCAAGAGCUCAAGUUGAAAAUGAAAGAAGAGGUCAGCAGGAGGGAGGUUGUGAAAGUAGAUUCUGAGAAACAGAAGCACAACAUACAGCAGGAGCUGCACGAACUCAAGAACCUGUCAGAGCAGGAGAUCCAAACAAAGAGCCAGCAGGUUGAGGAGGCACUGUAUAGUCGUACCAAGAUGGAGGAGGAGAUCCAUAUCAUCAGAAUCCAAUUAGAGACUACCAUAAAGCAGAAGGCCACAGCUGAGGCCCAACUUCAGCAGCUCAGGGACAUAGCUGCCAAUGCUGAGAGACUGAGGAAAGUUACUCAGGAGGAGGCAGAGAAGCUUCGCAAGCAGGUGAAUGAAGAGACUCAGAAAAAGCGCAAUGCAGAGGAGGAGCUGAAACGCAAAACAGAGGCAGAACAAGAAGCUGCCAAGCAAAAGCAGAAGGCCCUGGAUGAGUUGCAGAAGUUCAAGAUGCAAGCUGAAGAGGCGGAGAGACGCAUGAAACAGGCAGAAGAGGAGAAGCAGAGGCAGGUUAUGGUUGCAGAGGAGGUGGCACAGAAGAGUGCCGCCACCGAGCUGCAAACCAAACGCAUGUCCUUUAACGAGAAGGCUGUAAAGCUCGAGGCAUCUCUGAAACAAGAACAGGGCACUGUUAUUCAGUUGCAGGAAGAGGCACAGUGUCUCAAGAAGCAACAAGAGGAAGCCAACAAAGCCAGGGAGGAAGCAGAGAAGGAGCUUGAGAAGUGGAGGCAGAAAGCCAAUGAGGCACUCCGUUUGAGGCUCCAGGCUGAGGAAGAAGCCCACAAGAAGAGCCAGGCUCAGGAGGAAGCAGAGAAACAGAAAGAGGAAGCUGAGCAAGAGGCAAAGAAAAGGGCUAAGGCUGAAAAGGCUGCACUUAAGCAAAAGGAAAUGGCAGAGAAGGAGCUGGAUAAACAGAGGAAAUUGGCAGAGGGAACAGCCCAGCAGAAACUCUCUGCAGAGCAAGAGUUAAUUCGCCUAAGGGCUGACUUUGACCAUGGUAAGCAACAGAGGUCUUUAUUGGAUGAAGAGCUCCAGCGCCUGAAAAAAGAGGUGAAUGCUGCAGUAAAACAAAGGAAGCAGCUAGAAGAUGAACUGGCCAAAGUGAGAAGUGAAAUGGAAGUUCUUCUUCAGAUGAAGUUGAAAGCUGAGAAGGAGACCAUGUCUACAACAGAGAAAAGCAGAAAUCUCCUUGAGUCUGAGGCAUUGAAAAUGAGGCAACUAGCUGAAGAGGCGACUAAGCUGAGAUCAAUCGCUGAAGAGGCAAAGAAGCAGAGGCAGGCAGCGGAGGAUGAGGCGGCUCGGCAAAGAGGAGAGGCUGAGAAUAUACUCAAGGAAAAACUGGCAGCCAUUAAUGAAGCAACUGGCCUGAAAACUGAAGCUGAGAUUGCCCUGAAGGAUAAAGAGGCAGAGAAUGAGAGACUUAGGAGAAAAGCCGAAGAUGAGGCUUAUCAGAGAAAGGUCUUAGAAGACCAAGCAAAACAGCACAAGCAAGACAUUGAUGAAAAGAUCUUCCAGCUUAAGAAGACUUCUGAUUCUGAAUUGGAGAGGCAGAAGAAGAUUGUAGAGGAAACUCUUAAGCAGAGGAGGGUGGUCGAGGAGGAGAUUCGCAUCCUAAAACUAAACUUUGAGAAGGCAUCAACAGGCAAGUUGGAUCUUGAGUUGGAGUUGAACAAGCUUAAAGGCAUUGCAGAUGAGACUAAUAGGAACAGAAUCAAGGCUGAAGAAGAAGCAGAGAAACUCAGAAAGCUUGCUUUAGAGGAGGAGAACAAAAGGAAGCAAGCUGAAGAGAAAGUUAAAAAGAUCACUGCUGCAGAGGAAGAGGCAGCGCGACAAUGCCAUGCAGCUCAGAAAGAAGUUGAGCGCCUCAAAAAGAUUGCUGCUGAUGCUAACAAGCAGAAGGACAAUGCUGACAAAGAAACAGAGAAACAGAUUAUUCUUGCCAAAGAGGCUGCACAGAAAUGUAGUAAUGCAGAAAAGCGAGCACGGGACGUUCUGGUCAAGCAGAAAGAGGAGAAUCUUUCCCAGGGCAAGCUCAAAGAGGAGUUUGACAAGGCUAAGAAACUUGCACAAGAAGCUGAGAAGGCCAGGGAGAAAGCUGAGAAGGAGGCUGCUUUACUCCGUCAAAAAGCAGAGGAUGCUGAGAAACAGAAGAAAGCAGCUGAAGCUGAGGCUGCCAAACAGGCCAAGGCUCAGGGGGAUGCUGAGAGACUGAAGAAGGAAGCAGAGCAGGAGGCUGCAAAGCGAGCAGAAGCUGAGGCUUCUGCUCUGAAACAGAAGCAGCAGGCAGACGCAGAGAUGGCCAAGCACAAAAAGCUAGCUCAACAAACAUUGAAGCAGAAGACACAAGUUGAGCAGGAGCUAGCAAAGGUGAAACUGCGACUGGAUGAGACCGAUAAGCAGAAAUCUGUUUUGGAUGAGGAGCUUCAGCGCCAGAAGGAUGAAGUUAGCAAUGCUGUCAAGCAGAAAGCUCAAGUGGAGGAUGAGCUAUUUAAGGUCAAGGUCCAGAUGGAGGAGCUGGUCAAACUUAAGCUUAGAAUUGAGAAUGAGAAUCAGCGUCUGAUGAGUAAAGACAAAGAUAAUGCUCAGAAAUUCCUGGAAGAGGAAGCUGAGAACAUGAAGAAGCUAGCAGAGGAUGCUGCCAGGCUAAGCUUAGAAGCUCAAGAGGCAGCCCAAGAGAGACAGAUUGCAGAGUCCGAGCUUGCCGAACAGAGGGUUCUUGCUGACAAAAUGCUGAAGGAGAAAAUGCAAGCUAUCCAAGAAGCAACUAAACUGAAAGCUGAGGCAGAGAAGCUCCAGAAACAAAAGGACAAGGCUCAGGAGCAGGCCCAAAAACUGCUGGAGGACAAGCAGCAAAUGCAGCAGCGUCUUGAUGAGGAGACCGAGGGCUUCCAAAAAUCUCUAGAGGCUGAGCGCAAGAGGCAGCUUGAAGCAACUGCAGAGGCAGAGAAAUUGAAGCUCAGGGUGACACAGCUCAGUGAUGCUCAGUCCAAAGCAGAGGAGGAGGCCAUGAAAUUCAAGAAACAAGCUGAUGAGAUCAGAGUUCGUCUCCAAGAGAAAGAGCAACACGCUUCAGAAAAAGUCAUUGUAGAGAAACUGGAGGGGCAGAGAUUACAGAGCUUCAAAGAGUCUGAUGACUUGUGCAAAACCAUAGCUGACCUUGAGAAAGAAAAGGAGAAAUUACAAAAAGAGGCUGCAGAUCUACAGAAUAAGUCUAAAGAGGUAUUGUGCAAUGUGAAAUAAUCUUGUGAAAUAAUAAGUGCAAAUCUCUUUGCAAAUAACCAUAACCUUCUCAAAAACACUAACACAUAAAGGAGGUCCACAUUUACUAUUCAUGUGAAUUGCAGAGACUGUCAUCAAUACUAAGUGUUCAGCAAUUACUCAUGAACCAAAUUUUGCCGCAUUUUGUAAACACAAUUAUAUUUUCUAGCAUAUGCUUAUAAUUGCUUUUCAAAUGAAACCGAUUUCGAAUACAUUUCAGAAAUUACAUGUCGUAUACACUACCAGUCAAAAGUUUGGACACACCUACUCAUUCAAGGGUUUUUCUUUAUUUUAAAAACAUUUUACAUUGUAGAAUAAUGGUGAAGACAUCAACAUUAUGAAAUAACACAUAUGGAAUCAUGUAGUAACCAAAAAAGUUUUAAACAAAUUAAAAUAUAUGUUAUAUUUGAGAUUCUUCAAAUAGCCACCCCUUUGCCUUGAUGACAGCUUUGCACAAGUUUGGCAUUCUCUCAACCAGCUUCAUGAGGUAGUCACCUGGAAUGCAUUUCAAUUAACAGGUGUGUCUUCUUAAAAGAUCAUUUGUUGAAUUUCUUUCCUUCUUAAUGUGUUUGAGCCAAUCUGUAUAUCCCCCCUGACAAGGUAGGGGUGGGUAUACAGAAGAGAGCCCUAUUUGGUAAAAUACCAAGUCCAUAUUAUGGCAAGAACAGCUCAAAUAAGCAAAGAGAAACAACAGUCCGUCAUUAUUUUAAGACAUGAAGGUCAGUCAAUACGAAACAUUUCAAGAACUUUGAAAGUUUCUUCAAGUGCAGUCGCAAAAACCAUCAAGCCCUAUGAUGAAACUGGCACUCAUGAGGACCGCAACAGGAAUGGAAGACCCAGAGUUACCUCUGCUGCAGAGGAUAAGUUCAUUAGCGUUAACUGCACCUCAGAUUGCAGCCCAAAUAAAUGCUUCACAGAGUUCAAGUCACAGACACAUCUCAACAUCAACUGUUACGAGGGGACUGUGUGAAUCAGGCCUUCAUGGUCGAAUUGCUGCAAAGAAACCACUACCAAAGGACACCAAUAAUAAGAAGAGGCCUGCUUGGGCCAAGAAACAUGAGCAAUGGACAUUAGACCGGUGGAAAUUUGUCCUUUGGUCUGGAGUCCAAAUUGGAGAUUAUUGGUUCCAACCACCAUGUCUUUGUGAGACACGGUGUGGGUGAACGGAUUAUCUCCACAUGUGUAUUUCCCACCGUAAAGCAUGGAGGAGGAGGUGUUAUGGUGUGGGGGUGCUUUACUGGUGACACUGUCUGUGAUUUAUUUAGAAUUCAAGGCACACUUAACCAGCAUGGCUACCACAGCAUUCUGCAGAGAUACGCCAUCCCAUCUGGUUUGGGCUUAGUGGGACUAUCAUUUGUUUUUCAAUAGGACAAUGACCCAACACACCUCCAGGCUGUGUAAGGACUAUUUUACCAAGAAGGAGAGUGAUGGAAUGCUGCAUCAGAUUACCUGGCCUCCACAAUCCCCCGACCUCAACCCGAUUUGAGAUGGUUUGGGAUGAGUCGGACGGCAGAGUGAAGGAAAAGCUGCCAACAAGUGCUCAGCAUAUGUGGGAACUCCUUCAAGAUUGUUGGAAAAGCAUUCCAGGUGAUGCUGGUUGAGAGAAUGCCAAGAGUGUGCAAAGCUGUCAUCAAGGCAAAGAGUGGCUAUUUGAAGAAUCUCAAAUCUCAAAUAUAUUUUGAUUUGUUUAACACUUUUUUGUUUACUACAUGAUUCCAUAUGUGUUAUUUCAUAGUUUUGAUGUCUUCACUAUUAUUCUACAAUGUAGAAAAUAAUUUUAAAAAAAAGAAAAAAACCUGAAUUAGUAGGUGUGUCCAAACUUUUGACUGGUACUGUAUAACAUAUCAUUUUUAUAUAUGAAUAUAUUGAUUAUAUUAUUCAGCAGUUAAGUAUAAUCAGUGUAAUAUAAUGUUAAGACCAUGUGCAAAAUGUUUGUUUGGAGUUGUAUUAAUUUUUUCUUUAUUUUUUUUCCAAAUUAG